AUGAUUCCAGAUAUGGGCUGGCAUCUCAACUGGGGACAGUGUAGCUCCCAAUCUGUCUCUAUGACACACAUGGCACGUAAAAUUGGUGUCGAUGAAAACCUGGGGAGAGGGUUCAAUAGGUUAAUGAACUAUGUCACAUGGUUUCAGCCCAUCUCUAACAAAAUCCUGGAAAACAAAAUCUAGGUGGAUAAAUGUCACAUUUGGGGACAUUAAAUUAAACAGUAGUCCCAGUGAACAAAGGAAUUUGCCAAAGAGCAGCCAGAUUUGGAAAGUGAACCAUUAUGCUCACAGAACGCAAUAUGCAAAAUUCCAGUGCAAUAUGUUUUCAACAAAAGGAAGAGGUCAGAGAGUGUAACUUCUAGCAUGACUUUGCACAGAGAUUUGGGCCUAGUCUAUUAAUCAGAAGCAAGGGGUAAAGGCAAUGGCCCAUGCCCAUAAAAGCUCAGUGUUAUAAAUAAUAGCAAUGCUGAUGCUUCAAUAUACAAAGAACUCAAUGAAUGCAAUGGUCAUAUCUUUGAACAGUGAAAUUUCUUCUACUUUAGGGCAUGAGCUCAAUCCCAGAAGCCCUCCAUUUUAGUCAAUAGCAAAAAAACUAUAGUUUUUACUUUAAGUGCUCUGUGAGGGGCAAUUCAUAUGUUGCUUUUUGUCAGUCAACACACCACUAUUGAGAGUGAUAUCUGUGCCUAAACUUCCAGAGAAACAUAAUGUGUGAUUGCUUCUCUGCCAGUGUGUAUACUGCAGGGCUCCAUAUCGAUACUGAAAACACUCCAUUAUCACAGAUGGAUAUAUAGUCCCUAUGCUGGAACAAAGAACACUGAAAUUAUCUUCUGAUUCGAAAAUCCAUCAUAUCUCAUUAUGCAGAGUCACAGAGUUGCAUGAGAUGGCACCUUAGUUUUGUCAUUGAUACAGCAUGGACCAGAUUGCAGCAGCCAGACUGAGGGGAGUCUCAGUGGACCUUUAGGAUGGUCUGUCUUCAGGGAGUAACACAGUCCAAAGGAUUCCAAGUGAUGCUGAAGGCUGACCCGGGACAUGUUCUAGUUGAAAUGUGGAGCUCAAAGCAGCAUACCAAUUGUAUGCUCUCAGCAGCCCUGUGUGGCAGGUUAGGCUGAUAGGCUGCCCAAGUGUCACCUAGUGAUGAGUGCCAUGGCUCAGUGGGGAUCUUAAACCUGAGUCUCCUGGUCCCCCUCCAAUGCUCUAAACACUACUACACACUAACUCACUUAAAGAACUGUAAGUCCAUCCAGCCUGCUUAGAGAGCUCUGAAAAAAGAUGGAAGGGAAGUUCCUUUGGGAACAUGUCUCACAUUCACUUACCGGAUACAUAUAUGGAUCACCUUGGUAUGCUAUGGGGACUUUAACUCAGUCUGUGGGUUUCUGUUCCCUCUUCUUCCAAUCAGCCCCUUCCAACACUCUCUGCAACUGUUUUGGUGGGUUAUAUAUAGAAAUAAUGAAGAAGGGGGGAAAAAACCCUCAAAAUACCUUCUCAGUAACUGUCUUGCUGCUGAGGUCUGAUAAACAAUGGGACUAUUAGCAAGAACGCAUUAUCAUGCCUGGUGAUAUUUCAUAGGGUAUUUGACAAUCCAUAGGGGCUGCUUCUGCUGCUCCAUAAAUAAGAUAUACUAUUUAAUGGGUCUCUUUUAUCAUACACAUCAUGGUGAAUCUACAAGAACAUCACUUAACUUGGCCUAUCCAUCUUUCACCCACCACGUCCUUACAGACAUCAACAAACUGAAAUAACAUGUUGGAUUUUCUAUUAUGAAUAUGUAUUUUUGUACUUUACAUGCUCAAUUUUGCUUCCUCCCCAUCAGGUCGGGUAGUGCCCGAUAUAUUAUGAAGAGUGAUUGACUGAGGGAGUGUAGUUCUCAGACACCUGAGGGGUUAUGUAAAACACUGUGGAACCAAGUGAUUGUGAGCUAUAGUCCACACACUUUAGCUGUAAAUUUACCCCGUCAGCUAGGUACACUGGAAAUACAUAUUAUGCUAAUACUCUCUUGCCCUCCCUCAAGAAGCUCCCUCUGCAGAGAUGCACUGUACCUAUGACAUGCCAUGUUUUCUCAGAUACAGUUUUGUUAUACAUAAAACAAGCCAACAUGCAAAUUUGAAUAUUCUGUUCUAUCAACCCAUUAGUUAUGAAGUCAUUAAAAUAAUGCAUCAAAUGAACUGUGAUGCAAUGUUUUAAGGCCAAGGGAUUGGGCGUUUUGCAACCACAAACUAAUAAACUUCUAUAGCUUUUCAUGGCAAUGUACCUCUGCUGAAAAUAGCUCUAAACUUGCUCUUCAGAUUAGUAUAAAUGAAUUCUUGCUAUAUUGGUUAAUGUGAAUUUUUGUAUCAAUUUUAUUUUACUUUUUUAUAUAUAUUUUGCAAAGUCUUCUGAUCAUUAUUAUGGUUUCUAUGUACAGCCUGCCUUUGAUUUCAACAGGGCCUCAAGACAGCUUACAACUCAUCAGAUUUGGCUCUGAUCCACUGGCUCUGAGAUGCCAAGGGUUGAACCCAGGACUUUCUGCCUGCAAAGAGAUUACAGUCUCUUCCCAUGUAUGCAUGUAAAAUAGUACACAAGAAUACAGUGGUACCUUUGUUCUCAAACAGCUUAGCUGCUGAACAAAUCAGCUCCCGAACGCCGCAAACCCGGAAGUAAGUGUUCUGCUUUGUGAAUGUUUUUUGGAAGCCGAACGGAUGCUCCUGCAGCCAAUCAGAAACCAUGCCUUGGCUUUCGAAUGGUUUCGGGUGUUGAACGGAUUAAGUUCAAGAACCAAGGUACUACUGUAUACUCAUUACAGCACUAAAGCUUUCAUGCUCGCUUCCUGAGAAAGUUAUGACUAUUUGCCCCACAUCUUCUGCAGUGAAGACAGGGACAAAUAAUUCAUUCAGCUUUCUUCCAGUCUCCUUACCUUUAUUUAGCACAUCUUUUACUCCCUAUUCAUCCAAUAGUCCAACAAUCUCCCUUGCUAGUUUCCUGCUCCUGACAUAUUUAAAGAAAGAUUUCAUUGUUGUUGCUGCUCCUAAUGGUUUCAGAAACAUAGUCCUCAGAUUCUAUUUUUGCAUCUCUCAUGGCAGUCACAGGGAACCUGUGGCCCUGUAGUGGGGUGUUUCAACCACAAUAUGUAGUCCAGGGCCUGAUUCAGUAUCUCAGAAAAAGACUCAAUUCGACUUGGACCAAUUUGGAAAGUGCCUAUUUUGGCUCAGAUCUGCCUGGCUUCAGAAAAUAUGAAGAUGCCAAUAUAUAUAUAUCAGUAGCUCUUGAAACGUCUACCUCAACUGUCGGAAAUAUUAAGCCUCUGAAUAUUAGCUCCAGGAAAUGACAAGUGCUGUUCAAGCUUUCCAUAGGCAUCUGGGUGGCCACUGUGAGAACAGGAUGCUGACCAAGAUAGGUCUUUGGCCUGAUCCAACUGGCUCUCUUCAUGUUCUUAUUUGGAUUCAGAUUCUAACAUAUUUUGGGUACUAAAUAAUAGAAAACCACAGAAGAAAUUGUAGACUUUAGAGAAGAGAAUACAUAGUUUCAUUCGUAUAUAUUGUUCCACACUUUAAAACUACUGUCAUGGGCAUUUAUCUCUCUCUUUGCUUCACCUUCUAUGUAGGAGACCCCUCCCAUCCCACAUAAUUCAGUUUGGCUCACUACCUUCCAUACAACACUUUAAGCUAUUUAUCUUCAAUCAUACACCCCAGGGCUCCAUUUUAAUAUUGUUACGUUAAGUUCUGAGGAAUAAAAUACGGAGGUGCAUAGCUCACCUGGUGGUACAGAUUGACCUGAGAUAUAAAGUUAUAUCAUAUAACCUGAUAUUUAAAGCUGGAAAAGCAAAUAAUCUGUAAGCAAAAGUUUUCAGAAGUCUGAGAAUGUUCAACUACAUCCAAACCAUACUACGGCUCUCAAUCCACAAUUAGUUUAUCAUAGCGGCAUGAGGAAUCUUUUUCAUCUAUACAGCCACAGUACAAAGUGGAUUACUAGACAGUUUGGCAAACUUACAUGGCAAUCAGUGAGAAUCCUUAAGAAAUGGUUUCUAAAUUAAAAACACAGUUGUGAUGGUGAACCUAAAGAAUCAAAUAAUGACUGUAAAUAAAAUUCUAGGUCAAGGUCACAAUCAGUAAAGUCUAAAAUAUAAAGUCUAAAAGGGUUGUACUGUAUGACUUCCAGGGUCCCUUCCAAAUAUAUGAUUCUGUGAGUAUUGUUCUGAUCCAUUCUGCUGCAAAAGGUGUCUUUAGAUGGACCUUUUGGAUAGUGUUGAAUUGCAAACUAGUUUUUUUUUUAAGUACAUAAAAAGCAAUGAGUAGGGUAGUUCCUCUAAACUCUUACCUCUUCCAAAGCCACUGGCAGCAUGUGUGGCACAGCUACAUACCAGAUAAUAACAUGGUUCUGCCAAUGUGGCAAGAGCAGAGCUUAGGAGUCAGGUCCAUUAUACCGUAUCCUAUUAGCUGAUGCUUCAGUGCAGUUGCUCACAGGACUGGAAUUCCUUUAUGGUCUUGACUGGGGGAGGGGGAAACCUAGGGCACUCCAGAUGUUGCUGAAAUACAACUCCAGAUGUUGCUGAAAUACAGCAUGGUCAAUGGGCAAGGAUGAUUGGAGUUCUAGUGCAGUAACAACUGGAAAAUCAAGAUGAAGGGUUGGGUAAUCACAGGACCUGGAGCCAAAUGUGGUCCUCCAGGCCUCUCUAGCCACUUCAGGACUGUCUUCAGGCCAUAUCGCCUCCCAGACCUGCUCUGUGUCCACUCCUUGUUGCUGGAUUUUGCAUGGCUGGAAUGUGUCCGUGGAUCUUUGGUCCAGGGCUGGAAUGUGCCCUGAUGUCUCUUGCUUGCCCAGAUGGAGGAUGCUGAGGUGUGUUUGUGUGCAUCUAUUGUAGUAGUCUCAUUGCUGAGCAACGAUGUGCAGAGCUCAAUAGAGUGGGAAGCCAGCCAACCAGAAGAGUCUCUGAGGUGUACCUUCCAAGAGGCAGAGGCAGCAUCCAAAGUCCUAGGGCCAGGCAAAUAGCAAUCCAUGUGGUCAAACAGUCUAGGGGUCAGGGAAUCUAAUGAUCAUGGGGUCAGGGGUCAAGACAAGCAGGAAGCAGCAAGGUAGGGCCAGGAAAUCCAAUCACUGUAACCAGCAUCUGACUGCUGCUGAAAGCUCUGCUGAAGAAGGCUCCAGCCAUCUAGUUCUCACCAGCGCCUUCUCCUCUGUGUCCUUGAAGGCUGAACAGCUGCAGGUGAAGUCACUCUGCCUUCUCCUCUCCCUUCAGGGUGGCUAUUCAGAAGGUGAAGCUGACUUCUAGCCCAUGACACCUGGGUGCAGAAUAUAUGUGUGUAUAAAAAGAAGAGUCACGUUCAUUGCUCUGCCCAUUUUUGCCCAUGAGGGCUAUGAUGUUUCCCAAAUUUUGGGGGCAGAAGUUGGCAAAAGGUAAUACUGAAUGGGUUGGAAGAAGAAGGGUGAGGGAUGGCAUGCUAUGUGCAUAAGAAUGUAAAAAAAACAGCACUGUUAUAUCAGACCAAAGGCCCAUCUAGUCCAGGGUCCUUUUCUCACAGCGGCCAACUAGAUGCCCAAGUGAAGCCCAGGAGCAGGACCUGAGCUCAAGAGUGUUCCCCUCACCAGCAGCUGGUAUUCUGUGGAAGUAGAAUAAAGCCGCAAAGGGAAGCUCUGGUUGGUGCCCUAUCUACCAUCCCAUUGACUCCACCCUGCCCUUUAACUGCUUGCGAAUAAAUAAAUAACAGAGAAAAACUGUUCAGGGGGAAAUAAUCAAAUGUAUAUGGAGAUAAGUUAAUAUUGACAAAUUGUCCUCCACAAAUGUGAUGCUCUUUUGUGCUCUCCCUCCCUCCAAAUUUCUCUACAAGCGUCGUGCCAGGGCUUCUCGUCAAGCCAUGACUCUCUGCUCCAUGCAUCAAUUGGGGUAAUUGGGAAUAAGCCAGAAGCGUGUCUGUGCUUCCUUUCAUUGCCUGCAGUGCUCCUUUUGAACUACAUGUUCAAGUGCUUCUUAUUCAUUUCCCCCCUCACAAACAUACAACCUGAAAUCCCAGAUCAGUUCUGAAGCCUCAGGAUUAGAAGCCAAAACUGAGCUGGUAUUUGAGGAUUCAUAUGGUUUUGAGCCAUUUUUAUUUUUCACUGCUAAAAAACAACAACAAGAAAACACUCCUGACAUAUAAACUCCUAACAAUUUCUGCAUUUUAUCUUGACAUUAGGCAUAACUGAGACAGAGUAGUCUUAACCUGCCGAUAAUUCCCAUUUUACAAAAGCAGAAGCUACUGUAUUAUAAUGGGAGCAUACAAAUAAGAGCAGUUUCCUGCCUCCUUGUAUUUCAGAUGCAGAGCAGAUAAAAAGCUAGAUUCAAACUGAUAGUUCUCAUCAGGGAAUGAACAUUAAAAAGCUUAGUGUCUAAGGCAGGCUAAAGAAGAAAUGCCUUUAAAACAGGGGCUCUGACAAGAAUUGCAUCUGCAAAGGAAUGCGCAAGCACAAUCCUGCACAUGUUUACUGAAAACUUAGUCCCACUGUGCACCUCAGGGUGGAUAAGUGUGCAAAGGGUCGCAGUCUUAGAGACCCAAGUGGCAACAAUUGUUGUGAUGUUUAAUAAUAUAGAUUAGAAAGUGCUGUGCUGGAUUACUGCUACUUGUUCUCCAUGGGGCUGCCCUUGAAGACGGCCCAGAGGAUGGUACAGAAUGCAACAGCCUGAAUGUUGAUGGGCAUUUCUGCAGGACACCAUAAAACACCAGUUCUCAAAGUCCUGUGCUGGCUGUUUUUUUGUCACUGGGCUGCCAGGUUUUGGCAUAUAGAGAGCUAAACAGCAUAGGACCCAGUUAUCUGAAGGAGCUCCUCUGCCCAUAACAUAAACAGCCUUGAUAUCUUGUUAGAUGAAAGGCAGUAUAGAAGCAUAGGGAAUCCUUCCACACACAUGGUGUACAGAAGCAAGCGUUGGGCUCCUGUACUCUCCCACAACAUAUAGAUAGAUGAUAGAUAGAUAUAGAUAGAUGAUAGAUAGAUAGAUAGAUAGAUAGAAGAACCCCAACCACCCAACUGAGUUGCCCCAGCCACUCUGAGCAGCUUACAACAUAAUAUAAAAACACCGUGAGACAUCAACCAUUAAAAAUUUCCCCAUACAGGGCUGCCUUCAGAUGUUUUCAGAAAGUUGUGCAGUUGUUUAUCUGAAAGGAAGGUGUUCUACAGGGCGGGCACCACUACCGAGAAGGCCUUCUGCCUGGUUUCCUGUAACUUCACUUCUUUCAGUGAGGGAACCACUAGAAGGCCCUCAGAACUGGCGGCCUUAACUGCGAGCCAGAGCUCAUGUUCCUUCAAAAUGCAGCCCUAAGUGGAGAUGCUGAGGACCAGACCUGAGACCUUCUGCAUGCAAAGUAGAUGCUCUGCCACUGAGCUGUGGUUCUCCCCCUCCCCCAAACAGGCCACCUGUAUGUGGUCCAUCUGUAAAUAAAAAAGGGGGAAGACAUGCUUUCUUCCCAUGAUAGUAUCAACAGUGGUGAGUGUAAAUCUUUUCCCCGCUCCUAAACUGUUUUUGGAGGAGUGAAGAAUAAAGUGAUGGGGAAUCCACUUCACCCCAGUAAUGUGAGAAGGGGCCCUUAAUCUGGUGGUUUUUGUUAUCCUUAAAAUUUCAAGGGCACUGUCAUAUGAAACCUGACCAAUUUGAGUAAUUGUUGGAUGUACGGGUUUGUUUUUUUAAAAUUUAGCUACUUCUUAAACUGCAAAGCAUCUUCCAUAUCCACAUAGAUAUUUUUAGGUGACUUUUUUGUAAUAUGGCCCAAGUGCUGUUGCAAAUUAUUUCCUUCCUUUGUUUUUCCCCUCUCUCUCUUCAUGAAACAUCUGAGCAUUUGCUAUUUGCCUUUAAAGCUUUGAAGCUCAUAUGAUAGGAGAAUCAAAUUUUGUUUCUGCCAGCAAUAAAUCAAGUGCUUAGUUCUCAAAGUAUUAUUUUUAAGACCAGUGAGAAGAAUUUGGCUACUCUCUCUGGCAAAUGCUCUUAUUUGUAUCAUGUGCAGAUCAGGCAACUCAUCCAUCUAGCUCUGUAAUGUCUACACACUGACUGGCAGCAGCUCUUUCAGAUGGAAGUCUUUCCCAGCUGUACUUUAAGAUGUCAGGGACUGAUUCUGAGACCUUUUGCAUGCAAAGUUUGUAUUCUACCAUUGAGCUGCUCUGUCUUCCCAAAAUAGAAGUGUCAGAAGCGGGGUCUGCAACAGGAUCAAAGCUAUGGUUUGUUGGAAGAGUAUUUUUUUAUUGCAAAUAAAUAUUACCGUUAGAGAUUAAUAAUGUAUAAACAGCUUUAUGAUAUAUGUCAGUUGCACCUUAGUGCCAUAUAAUAACAGUUAGAUUGUGCUAUCCGCCACCAUCAGUGACUUCUUAAAAAUGCUUUUAAGAAUUUUCCCAACCAAAAAUGUAGAAUCUUUUAAAAAUAUUUUUCUUCAGUGGAAAUGUGUUGGAAUUCAAAAACUGUUUCAUUAUUUUUUCUCCAGCAGGCCUGUAAUCUUGGCAAGUCCCUGACUUCCACAUACUGCCUCAAAAAUACAGUAGUAGAGAGAGCAAUACCCAUCUUGAAUAUUGCCACAUUGACUUAUAGAACUGUGCCCUUGAGAAAAAGACUCAGAGAAAAACGGAGAGCCAUGUGGUGACAAAAAUGAAAUAGAACUGUCAUCUAGCAGUUCUUCAUAGUCCAUCAAGUAAACUAUUAAAGAUAUAAGAAGAGGCACAGUGUGCUCGGGCAAAGGUUGUUAAACCACUACUCCAAGGGCAGGUCACAGCACAUUGCUAAAGAUUGUUAGUAAAAGAUAAACCAGUUUUCUCUAUGAAACCUGACACCGCCAGUUCCCAGCCUCACCUUUAAUGCUAUGUGCUUGCAAACAGGGACCCAGCUGGAUAAAGUAAUAUUGUAAGACCUUUCAGAGAGCAAUUGUACUUCAAGUUCAGGAUAUUUUGCAUUAAAGAAGCUUCACACCCUUGUCGUACUGUUGGACUUCUUAUUUCCUUUAGCUCACGUAUCUUAGCCUUACUGUAAUUUAAAUAAAGGCGUUUUAGUUAUAUAUUAGAAUUUCCAACUGUUCACAGCUCCGAAAACUCAAACAGGCAAAUACUCUUUGCCAUGUAAAUUCAACAAUUCAACAGCUUCAGAAUGUAACAAAUAUUCAGCCUCGAACCCUAUUAGAAAGCUAAGCCAGAUUGAAUUAUGUGUCUUCCACCCAAAUCUUGCUUAAAGGACAAGGUAGGCUCUGAGGAAGCAGAAGUAGGAUGAAACUUAACAACUAGAGCUAAUUGGAGGCAGGAUUCAGGGUGUAAGUCAAGGGUCAAAAGGAAGUAAGUAUUCCUAGUGUGUGACACCAGUUGUCAGCAGUCAGGAGAGAUAUGCACAAAGAACCAAGUAGCAAACUGGGUCUGGGGAUUUAGAGGAGAUGGGAACCUGCAGAGCAGGCAUAUGGAGUCAUUGGACUGCAACUCCCAUCACCCCUGGCAAUUAGCCAUGCUGGUUGGAACUGAUGGGAGUUGGAGUACAACAACACCAGGAUGGGGAAUCCUCUCCAGCUCUGCUGCAGAACAAAGAUUCAGAAGUCUGAGCUGUUAGCUUUUGUAUGUGCAAAAGCCUACAGAACAUGUAUUAGAAGCUUGUUCUAGUCAGUUACACAGAAUUAUAAUGUUGCUUCUGCAGUAAUUUGGAGAGCCCAAGUGUCUUGGGGUAUCUCAUAGGCUAUUGAAACAGAAUGUCCUCACCUUCUACCAGUUUCCCAGACUCUCAGGCUCUACUCAGUUAUGUUCCCAAGAGGAUAGAGUUUCAAGCUGUUGGGAAGUUUCCAAAUAUACUUCUCUCUCUAGCUCACAGCCACAACUAUUGGGAGGGCACCCACCAAUGAUCUUAUGUAACAUGAUGAAACAUAGAAAAGGAUACUAUUGCUGAGGUGCAUCGAGUCUGGGCUGCUUGAAUCUUUAUGAGUCACAUCCAAAAUCCAGUGUCUUUCAUUACCCCUGGAAGACUAGUUGUAGCUAGCGUAAACAGUGGGGAGUCUUGUGACAUCUUAACGACUAACAAAUUAAUUAUGGCAGAAGCUUUCAUGGGUCAUAAUCUACUUCAUCAGAUGCAUACAUUGCCAUCCUAAGUUGGCAGAUAUAUAAACAUGGGGGGGCCAGGGGGCCAGAUGGUAGCAGUAAGAUCAGAGGGGAAUGAAAUGCAAGGAAUACAAACAUCUGACCUAUCAAUGUAAAAACAAAAAUGAUAUGGUGAACAUUCUUAGAGUUCUUUGAAUGCAAAAAUAAGAUAACCAAAUGUUACUGGUUGUAGAGAAACGAGGAAAUGCUCAUCUAUCAAACAUCAAGCAUAACUAAUCAGUGCCUGCUUUCAUUUGAAACACUAGAAAUAGUUCUCCCCAUGUCUGAAAGUGGCUGAGACAAGUUUGAGAUCCCCCCUCCCAUACCAGAAAAACUAGGACCUCCUCCUCCUUCUGCAAAUCCAUAUUUGGAUAUAUAUCUCUUCAAGUUCUCUCCAUCACUUUCUGUUACUCCCUGCUUCCACAUAAGCCCUGCAGUUAGUUUUAGAUUGUCCACAUAUCACAUAGGUGGUCAUACCCUUGGUCUUUAAAAAUUAUAGGGAUCCACAUGAGAACUGCUACACACUAGGACCUUCUUAUACCCCCCGUAAUUUCACAAUAAGCUUCCUUUAAAUUUUCCCAAAUACCAUAUUUCAUCACUUCCACCUCAUUGCACCAACCCUGUUCCCCACAAAAAUAGCAAACUUCAUUACAUGUUUCCAUAGAUUGAUCAUCUAAUAACAGUCUCUUGUCCAAUAUCACCGUAGUGGAUAUCUCAAUUGUUUAACCAUGCAUUGAGCAUUCUGUACAGCUGGAAUGAAGAACCUGUGGUCUCUCAGAUACUGUUGGACUACAACUCCCAUCAUCCUUGACCACUGGCUCUGCUAACAGGAGCUGAUAGGAGCUGGAGAACAAAGACAUCUUGAGGGCCAUGGGUUCUCCAUGCCUAUCAUAAAGGUUGGGUCAUCCAUUUCAAAACAUGCACAUUAGGACAGGUAUACAAUAGAUUUGCAACAGUGAUCAUAUGUGUGGAAAGCUUAUGUGAAGUUAUUAAAAAGAUUAAAUGGAUUAAACCAAGGACCAGACCUGAGUAUCUUAGGAAGCUACUGUGGCUUUCAGAGACUCCAUUGACACUGUCUGAUUCCCAGGAGAACUGAAAGUUAUAGGUCAUCCCCAGUUAUGCCCCAAAUAGCCAUAUAUCAAGGAGCAGUGUAGUAUUUUCAGAAUGAGUGAGUUCGUCUUGCAUAUUUGCAGCAGCAAAGCAGUGGGGUAGGGUUUUUUUAGCAAUGUAACUUUUCUCUAAAGAUACAUAUUUUUCUUUGGUUUCUCGUGAAUGCCUCAAGCCCAGCCUGCUAGUCAAAUGACCUUGACAUUAUCGAAAGGGCUCUGACACACAUCUGGGGAACAGAAAACACUUCAACAGAUCCAUUAUGUAGAUCAAAGCAGAACUCACUUCUUUUGCCAUGAAAGAGGGAUAGAACACUUGGUAGAAAGAAAACAUUUUCUCUGGGUUAAAUUAAAAGUAAAGAUUUUCAAAGCAAUUUCACAUGCAUGUAGUCAUGGUGUGGGUAUAGUGGUCUAACAUCUACCAGCUGAAGACAAACUCAAGGUCUUGUGUUGCCUACAAGAUAUGAUUGUGUUUCUUUUGAUAAGUUGAAGUUUGGGGAGGAUGUAUCUCAAAGUUGCUGUAAAUCUGUUCUAAAGAAAACCAGAGCAGACGUCUGCUGUCUGGAAUUUCUGCAGCAAAUAUUAAAAACAUUUUAUGAUGCAUUCUCAUAAUAUCUUUCUCACCCCACACAUUCCUAUCAUUUUCCUGAGUUCUGACAUUUGAUCUUUGUAGUACAGGGAAUGGUUUAGAGCAGCUUCUGAAAACCAUUGCCCUUUUCUUGGCUCAUGAGUUUCUUUGUGAAACAACGCAUGUAAAGAGGUCUGCAGUGGAGCCAACAAGCAGUGCAGAAGCUUGUCGUUCCUGACACCUUGACAAGAUCGGGAAACACCAGAAAGGUGUUGCACAAAUGCACCACUGAAGUUUAAAUAAUGAUAGUGCUUUUGAACCAUCUGAUGCUCCCAGCCAAUCCUCCCCAAUUCAUGUCAGGUACAAGAUGUAGAGCGUUGUAAUAAAUUUAAUGGCUCCAAGUGGGUAAUAGGAUAUCAUACAAAGUGUUUGUUGGGAGGCUACAUCUUCCAAGAUACUCAGGACCACCAUAGUGCAAUUCUUCUUAUGCUGUGGUGAACUGCAUGUGGCAAUCUUUGCCUGUGCAAACUGCAACUUGCUGUUUCUAUAGCCACAUUCUGGAUAGCAUUGGAGUUGCCUAACAAGUUGGCAAAGCUUAUUGCGUCUGGUGGAACCUAAUACUAUGUAAUGAUAGCUCUGCUAGCACAGCAGUGGUCCACAUCAGGACAUUUGUGUAAUGUUGACUGUCACUUAAUGAUCCGUAGGCCAAUAUUAUGCUUGGUGUUUGCAUAUGUUAGAAUGCUGGUGCCAGUGUUCACUAAUGCUCACAGUUGUCCUAAAAUUAACAUGUGUGUAAAAAGUGUGUUUGCAUGUGGCCAUUGGUUUGGGCUUCUUCUUUAAUACAAAUGUAUUUCCCCACUCAAAUCAAGCUGUGUUAAUUAAGUAGGUGAGGAGACAAUGUUCACCUUGUUCAGGAGCAUCCACAGCAUGGCCACAUCUCUUGGCCUGAUUGAAGGCUACACAGCUAACUACAUUAUCUGUUAGGACAGUUAUAUUCUCUCAUAUGACAAUGACUCGCAAUAUGUAGUCACAGUCUUCUGGGGGAAGGAAAAAAACAGCAAUUACCGUGCAGCACUCGAAUCUGCCUGCCAACAGCAGAACAGUGAUUUGUGAGACACAUCAAGAGCUUCUGGCAAGAUCAAUCUACCAAGAUCCCUCUGAUAGAGGAAUAAUGAGUUGACAAAGACCAAUGUUCAGUUGGGUCCAAGCCCAAUAAGAUUACUGUACAGCAUCAUCAAUAUUGUCUGUGUUUGGAACUGACACAAUCAGAAUGGAAUCAAUUGCAUUUUCCACAGCACUGUCACACAUGAUUUUUAACUUUGGCUCACAGCGGUGUGGAGGAGCUUGCAGAUGUUGGCAGAUUUUUUGCUAACUUAUGGAAUGUCAUUAUUAAGUAGGAACUGCGCAGUACAGUAAUUUGCAGUUCUGCUGUGUUCCCUUGUAUGGUCUCUCGUUUGGAGGAGGGAGGCGGAGGAGAAGAUGCAGUAGCUGGAGGGAUUUGUCUGUUAUCACCCUCAUCUUGCUGUGAUGGCUGAAAGUACCACAUGAUAUACAAGGUACAGCUUGCUCUUUUUCGUGUUUGUGUGUGCACAGGUUUAAUUUGAACUGCAUACUCUGAGCAAUGUACACAGAUGCACAGAUUCCACCCCUUCUUUGACACAAUAAAGAAAAUAGUUUGUUUGGUGUUUUUUUAAGAGCUCAGUGGUUAUGUAGAUGACCCUAUUUGCCAGAUCAUCAUUCCAGAGUUUAAAAAAAAGCUUAGAAAUGGAUUGAGGCGGUUAAAAAAAAUCCUUCAGCCUCUACUUGGGUGUUUUAUAACCCAAUGUUCAGCUGCAAAAAGCUAUCAGUGAUAUGUUCCCCGCAAUCUAUUUUGUGCAGUCCAUCCUUUAUACAGCUUGUGGGAAAGCCCCAUCUAUUAUGUUAUUUUACUGGUGUGGUAUAUAGCAUGAUGGUAGAUUUGUAUGUAAGGGGAAAUGAAAACAUCUUUGAAAUGAGAGGGAAUAUUCAAUAUGCAGGGCCAGGUUCCUUUGGAAAAUGAUUAUGCAGAUAGGUGUAGAGAAUCACAAAUGCUGGAAGAGGCAAAGUGGCCACUCAUAGGGCAACAACCCUCCACAUCAACACCCCUCCCCAAGAGAUCAGUGGAUACAAUCCGUACUAAAUGUGGCAUAAAUCAGGAUGGUUACUUAAGCAGGAAAGCUGAGUCAAGUGCUACUGGGCGGGGGCGGGGUGCAUGCAUCUAAUUGGAUAUAAUUUCUUCUCAAAUGCAAACAUAGCAAUCAAUUAGAUAUUGACAGUGAAUCAGACCCAUUCACUAAGUUUUACUUGGUUUAGGGCAAAGAUUUGCCAACCUUUUUUGGUUCUGUGGGCACACUUGUAAACUGGAUAAGCUACUGCGAGCACCACACACACUCUGCAGCCAAGCACAUUCCACAACCUACUCUGCCUACAAGAGAAUGCUUCUUACAAGCCGAACUCUGGGGGGUGAGCAGGGCUUUGUGGGCACCAGUGGAGACCUCUGUAUGCCUCAAGUACAGAGUUGAUAACCCCUGGAUUAGGGUCAUGUUACCCAACAUGAUGCUUCUAUCAACCUCCUGGUGAGCCAAUGCCCUCAGCGAGAUUGCCCUUAUUCUGCCUGGGAAAACGUUUGCAACGAAGUGCUGAAAAUGUCGCCCUAAAUGCUGUUCUGUACCAGAGUGUUCUGUUUUGGGGCUGCAAGUGCUUAUCACAGUUAUGGUUAUGAACAGCAUUACUACUGCUUAAAAGAGUUUCCAGUCGGCAGUGGUUCCAUGUGAGGGCUCAGGUUGUAGGCUUGACCCAAUGGGCCCUAUCAAGUGAAAAACCUCCAUUCCUGAACCACUCCUUUCUGGGAGCUGCUGGUAUGGAACCUUUCCACAAGCUAGCUCUGGUCAUUCAUAUAUGAAGAAUAAGCUGCCCCUACCAUGUAAACAGGGACGCAGGUGGCGCUGUGGGUUAAACCACAGAGCCUAGGACUUGCCGAUCAGAUGGUCGGCAGUUCAAAUCCCCGCAAUGGGGUGAGCUCCCGUUGUUCGGUCCCUGCUCCUGCCAACCUAGCAGUUCGAAAGCACGUCAAAGUGCAAGUAGAUAAAUAGGUACUGCUCCAGUGGGAAGGUAAACGGCGUUUCCGUGCGCUGCUCUGGUUCACCAGAAGUGGCUUAGUCAUGCUGGCCACAUGACCCAGAAGCUCUACGCCGGCUCCCUCAGCCAGUAAAGCGAGAUGAGCGCCGCAACCCCCGAGUCGGUCACGACUGGACCUAAUGGUCAGGGGUCGCUUUUCCUUUACCUUUACCAUGUAAACAUUGUAUUAAAGGGUGUGUGUGCGCGCUAGAGAAGGGUGUGCCAAAACAUGACUGGGAUUUACAGAACAACCCAAAAGCAGAUGGGGAGUAGCAGAACAGAAGGCUGAAAAGCCACCUUUUCCUAUGCCCUGCUGGGCUCACAUCAGCAUGGUGGAAGAUGGAGGUUUGUGGUUUUCCAUUGUUCUGUUUCCUGUUCUGGGUCUUUUAAAUAUAUAAUGAAAAAUCUCCACAACCCUUUCUGGGGGCAGGGCAGGGGAACGGGGGGGGGGCCUCUCCCAACACAAUCGCAACAUGCCCUCAGAGAAUCGCAUCAUCGCCAUCAUCAUCAUUUAGAGGUUGUCCCCCGCCCCCAGUGAACUCAAAGCAACUUACAAAAACAAACAUUAAAAACAAAGUACAAAACAAGAGUAAACAGAACAUAAAAUGCUUGCCAAUAUAUGUAUAAAAGAGCAGAUUCAACAUAACACAAUCCUACUAAAAUAAAAGCUGAAAAUAUUUUGCCCUCUCCAAUGUCAGAGCUCCAACGCUAGAGAGGCGUCAAGUUCCACAGCCUCACAAAGGCAACAAAGAAGGUCAAACCGCCCUGUUCAAAGGGCUACCUCUCUCUCCACCCUUGGAGAUGGCAAUCCAAUGAACGCUAUGGCUGUUGGGACACCCUCUAAGGGCCCUAACAUCUUAAAAGCAUGUCUGACCUUGAGGUCCUCUUUUCCUCUAGGUGCUACAGCGAAUUAUUCUGUUGUCCACUCCUAAAAAACCUUUGCUGAUGUUGUUCACCUGAAACAUAUUGGCCAAAAUUCAACACAGUGUGCUUAAGUUUGUGUUGGAUUGUGCCCAUUGCAUUUGAGUUGGUUUUAAAUGUCAUUUGACAUACACUAAAUAAACCUUUAUUUUAUUUUCUAGUAUAAAUUGCAAUCUGAACUGUUUUAUAGCAAGUAUUUUUGUAUAGGAAUGGAAUUUUCAGUGCCUUUGGCAUGCUUGAAAUGGAAAAAAAAAUUCAACAUUUCUGCUGAAACAAAGAAACUGUUGAAAUGAAGGGAGGCUGAAUUUUCACAUAAAGUUCAGCUUUUCCUGAAUAUAAAUCUCUUCCUGGAUAUAAAACCUUUUCCUGGAUAAAAUCCUUUCUGGAUAUAAAAUCUACAGAAGACAAGGUAGGUCAUACAGGGGUGGUGUUGCCCUAUUUGUCAAAGAAGGGAUAGAGUCUAAUAAAUUAGAAAUCUCAAAUGGAGAAAAAAUAAAUUUAUUCAUAGCAACACUAUGAGUAGAAAUUCCAGGCCAAAAAAGGAAUAUAGUUCUGAGGGCAUACUCCUGUCGAUUCCUCCUAACCAAAACUUUGAUGGUUAUCUUGAGAUGCAAAUAAAAAUCAGAGUAGCAGCUACAUUAGAUAUUGCAAUAGUAAUAGGAGACGUCAGUGACCUGCUAUCUAAACUGGUGAAUAUAAGUAUGAAGUUGAAGAAAAAAUGCAAAAGACAUAUCCAGUUUUACAAAGUUCAAUCUGGUGAUCUCCAAUGGAAGUUUAUCAAGCUGAAUACCUACAACACUGCUGUUUGACUGUCCUGGAAUGGAUGUAGGCCAGCCAAGGCCAAACUGGAACGUGUCCAGAGGAGGGCAACCAAAAUGGUCAAAGGCCUGGAAACGAUGCCUUAUGAGGAACGGCUAAGGGAGCUGGGCAUGUUUAGCCUGGAGAAGAGGAGGUUAGGGGGUGAUAUGAUAUGAAGGAGGUUAGGGGGUGAUAUGAUAUGAUGUUCAAAUAUAUAAAAGGAUGUCACAUAGAGGAAGGAGAAAGGUUGUUUUCUGCUGCUCCAGAGAAACGGACACGGAGCAAUGGAUCCAAACUACAAGAAAGAAGAUUCCACCUAAACAUUAGGAAGAACUUCCUGACAGUAAGAGCUGUUCGACAGUGGAAUUUGUGCCAAGGAGUGUGGUGGAGUCUCCUUCUUUGGAGGUCUUUAAGCAGAGGCUUGACAACCAUAUGUCAGGAGUGCUCUGAUGGUGUUUCCUGCUUGUGGUCUCUUCUAUGAUUCUAUGAUUCUAUGAUUCUAUAUUGUAUAACAGAGUGCUGCUACUGGAGCUCUCUUCUUCAUCGUUCACCAUUUAGGAUUUGGGCACAUAGAUUAAGCCAUUGCAGCCUGUACCCAACCUGGUGCCAUCCAGAUGUUUUGUACUACAUCUCUCAUCAGGUCCAGCAUACCCCAUCCUCAUUCCCAGCAUGCUUCACUCACAGAAGCUACUGCUAGGCGUUCCAUGUGCAUCCUUAUUUUGCGUUACACUGCUUAAAUUGAUCAUUCACACAAGCUGUUAUUGUGCAAGUAUACCAGCUGAUGUAGUCAACCGACUUUUAGAUUAGAUCUUUAGCAAUAUGUCUUGGUCAAUCUAUAGCAGUGAUGAUCAUCUUGAUAAGCAAAAGGCAGGAAUUCAGGGAAAGUAACUAGAUUUUUUACACUUACCUUUAACUUCUCAAAACAACCUUCCAGCAGCCAUUUCUGUUAUUAAAGCCAGCAUUCCAGAUAUUUUUUGAGUGUUUUGGUUUCCAUGUUUUAAAAUCCCUGUAGAAUAAGGUUACCAGAUUUUUUUCAAUGAAUCCGGGGACACUUUUCAACUUCAAUAGGAAUGAUAGGAUUUUGUCAGGGGACUGAUUUGUAAAUCCGAGGACUGUCCCCGGGAAACGGGGACAUCUGGUAACCUUACUGUAGAAGCAGCUCAGGUCUACAUUUUAGAUUUAUAUGGCAUGGGUUGCUGGUGCAGAGAGCUUGCUGGGGAGACCAUGCAUUAAAAAGGGACUCAAAAAUAACUUAAACAAGGUUUUAAUAACAAAAAUAAAACUCCUUAUACACUAAAUACAUCAACAACAAACCAGACCCAACCACCAACCCAUCCCCCAGGGUAAUGGGAGAGCUAGGUGCUGCUCCUUAUAUACUAUACCCAAUUGCUGACACAGCCUAAUCAACACAACUCAGCAGCACCUGCUAUGUUUCACAGCUGUAAAGCUGGGUCUCGUUAUCUUGCUCUGGCCCUUGCUCUGGCCCCUUAAAGGCAUACACAUCGGGUGGAACAAUGAUGAACCUUUACAUUUAAAGUAACCAUUCAACACUGCUCUUAAUAUAGAAAGUGGUCUAAAUUAUUUGAGCUGCCUGGCUUGGAUAUUAGCCCAUUCCCUUUGGGCUUCAUUGCUAUCUUCUGCUCACUUCCAAUUCAUUUGGAUUCUGGGCAGGGGGAGCCAACUUGAAUAAAAGAUUGGGUGCAUGCACACCAUUUGAAUGGCAAUGCCCAUCAACUUUGGAGGGGCCCAGCCCCCUCAAAUAUUUUAUUGGGGGUGCAAAGACUGCUUUGCCCCUAGGAGCAGGUUUCUAUGAUUCCAGGUGAUUAUAGACUCUUAUACAUCUCCCUGAAUGGAGGAAUUGCUGCAAAAAGUUGUUUCAGUUGGACUUUUCCCUUCUCGGACAGAGAUUAAUGGAUGUUGAUCUAUAAGAGAAUUAUAGUGUGUCUUAGGGACCUUGUUCACCCAUCUCUUGGUUUGCCAGGUUCCAGUCCCAAGUAUGACAUGCCUUAUUUGACCUGGCUAUCUGUUUCAAGAAAAGUUUUUCUUUGGCACAUUUUAAUGCCUAACCUUCAAAACUUUUAGAUGGGAGAUGUAAUAAAAUUCCUAUAAACAACCGAUUAUAGGGCUGUGCAUGGGACCCAAAAAUUGCUUAUCUCUGUAUUAAAUAAAUAAAUAAAUCUGUUUCCAAGUUGCUCUGCGCCAUGUCUGCUUUGAUCUGUGUAUGGGGUUGUGAGACGCUGUAAAAUGAAACACAGUCUUCCCCACACUAUAAAGGGGAAAUUUAAACGAAACAAAACUCUUUGUUUCUCUUUGGACCAAAAUGGAUGAAAUUUUCAGAGACUGAAGCUCUUCAAGAACAAAUUAAACCAACCAAAUUACAGGGACUGUUUGUGGGGAAAGUAAAAAGGAAAGUAGAAGAUCUAAUGAGAUGCUAGGCAUUGGACAAAGACUCCCUGACUGGUGAAUUCCAUAACAGGCUGCCUAUUUUAUUGGGGGAGCCAUGCUCUAAACCAGCUGGGAAAAGUCCAGUUCCCACUUCCACUUAAAAGUUCAGAGGGACCAGCCAUCCGCUUUACUGAAAUCAAGAGGCAACCAAGUCUUGGUUGUAAACUUUGCAGCUUCAUACAGACUUUUCUAAUGCUAGGUUUUAGGCAACAUUUUGGGCAGUUUCACUUCUUGCAAAGCUCAUGGACCUCAAGAAACAUAGAGAUAUUUAGGAAAACAGAGAGCUAUAUAGACGGAAAGAAUUAGAAACAGAGAAUUAGAAUUAGAAACAAGACAGCAACAUGAAGCUUUGUUUGGGCUCUGAUCUAGCUUGAGAUCGGAAUUAACGUUGUGGCUUCAACAAAGGGUGGUGUUUAUCUGUUUGCCUUGUAACACCCCCCCCCCCAUAAAAACUAAUUAAAAAACAAACAAAAUAAAGGAUUCCCUAAUUACCUUGAUUUGCCUUGCGAUUUGACCCACGCCCAGAGGUGAUGCAUGCCCCUAACACAUACUGUCGUAGAAUCAUAGACCCUUAGAGUUGGAAGGAACCCAAGGGUCAUCUAGUCCAACCUCCUUCAGUGCAGGAAUCUCAGCUAAAACAUCCUUUAGUAGCAAAGGAUGUCCUUUAAUAGCAAAGAGGUGGAGUCAGUACCACAUUAUUUUAAAAUGUACUUUUUAUCAGAGGUCUAAAUAAGCUCUGAAGUACCUCAUUACACAAGGGAUGCGGGUGGCGCUGUGGGUUAAACCACAGAGCCUAGGACUUGCUGAUCAGAAGGUCGGCGGUUUGAAUCCCCGCGACGGGGUGAGCUCCCGUUGCUCAGUCCCUGCUCCUGCCAACCUAGCAGUUCGAAAGCACGUCAAAGUGCAAGUAGAUAAAUAGGUACCGCUCUGGCUGGAAGGUAAACGGCAUUUCCGUGCGCUGCUCUGGUUCGCCAGAAGAAGCUUAGUCAUGCUGGCCACAUGACCCGGAAGAUGUACGCCGGCUCCCUCGGCCAGUAAAGAGAGAUGAGCGCGGCAACCCCAGAGUCGGUCACGACUGGACCUAAUGGUCAGGGGCCCCUUUACCUUUACCUCUUUACACAGGCCUUCCCAGGAUGAUCUAAAAGAGGCUCUCUUGAUUGUUUUAUUGGAGGACUUUAACUUUUUAAUUACUAAGCAAUUGAACAUUACUAAGCAUUACAAUUAUCCUUGGACAAUUUGUGUUGGCUUUCUAAAUUUCCUUUCUUUUAAUGAAUUUACGUAUUUUAUAUUCUGGACAUUCUGGAAUUUUUUUUUAUUUCUGGUUGGUGGACCAUAAAUAAAUUACAUUUAUAUUCAUAAAAAUAUAAGCUAAAACUAGGCUGGACAACUACUAGACGACUGAAACUACUAGACAAGGUAACUGCUCAUGAAGGCUCAGUUAUAAAUGGUUGUAUUAUAUAUACCACAGGCAGUGGUAUUAAUUUUUCCAUAUUCAGCUAGCAUUUUCAUUAUUAUUCAGAAGCUUUACUAGAAAGUGCUCAACAAUUAGAAAAAUAGAAUGACACCCAGCAAUUUGGAACCAGCACUUACACAAGCAAACUCAGUUAAGCCCAAAGGCCUUCUUCAUAAACCAGGUUUUGGCCUAGAAACUGAAAGUAUACAGUGAUGGGGUUUGGCAGGCUUCCUAGUGAAGGCAUUCCACAAAUUUGGCACCACCACUGAGAAGACUUGUGUUUCCUAGUAGACAUAUAGAUCAGGGCCUUAGCUGUUGAAUGGAAUAUGUGAGGGAGUAUUUACAAGAGAAUUAAUCCCGCAGAGUGACCUCUCUAAACUUAUCCUUGAACAUGGGCCCCAAAGUGCCAUUCAUUUUCAUGGACAGCUAUAAACUGCAUUUACAUUAUUACUUUAUGCAUAUAUUGCUGCUUCAGCUAUAAUAAAAUACAAAAUUGUGCUUAAAUGGCAUACACCAAAGUGAGGAAAAAUAUAUACAGGCUUAACUGUUCAGGUAUUUAAUUGAUCUUUUGCACCUCCCAUUUAAAACAUAUUUAUAAAAUUGCUUUCUCCCGUACGUUGUACUGAUACUUGGAAAGUCUUAACUUCUUCUUGUUGUUGUUCUGAAGGUGACAGGCAGUUCUCAGCCUCCACAUACUUUUCAUCUGUGAGCAACAAUGUUGAAACCCAUGCAUUUUAAAACAUCCUGUGGUGCCAUCUCCCUUAUAUAAUUUGUUGAGAAUGCAACAAUUCUAUCUUGCUCCUUUUUUCAUAUUUUCUGUAACAGAAUGUAAGACAUUUUUGUUGUGUAGGAAGGCUGUGUCUUCAUAUUGUUAUGCCAUGCAUAUCCUUUAUUUCCUUUUGUUGUUCAUCAUUCUCUCCCCAUCCCUGUUUUAUAUGACAUUUCUGAAAUGGUACCCAUAGCAACACCCACUAGUAGGGAUGAGACUCUGAAGCUGUUUUAGUCAUCCCCAUAGCUGAGCACUGACAAUGCCAGUGUGAUGGGAUUAUGAGCUGCUUGUGCGUAAAAUCGUAUUCCCUCAGAGUUUGUUCAAGUCCACAAACCUCUGUCUGUGACUGAGCCCCUCUGACAUGGCUCCUCUUAGUCACUGGAAGAUUCCGACAGUGGUUGCUUUCGUAAUCGCUUCCAACAUAAAAGCUCCUUAACGGAAACACGUCUUCUGGACUCUCUGCGUGACAGUUUCCGGCGAGGAGUGGGUGUCGCUACAGGAGGUCCGGAAACCUCACCACUGUUUUCGCUGGAAGUAUCUCUGAGCCAUCCCCCAGCUCCCUUUCCCUCAGUUCAGCUUGUCUCCCCUGCUGGUUUCCUCUUCCGCUGCUGAGUCUCUUCCAACCUGUCUGAGCCCUUUCACCUCCCUCAGUUCAGCUUCUCUCCCUUGCUGGUUCCCUCUUCAGCUGCUGAAUCUCUUCCAACCUGUCUGAGUCCUUUCACCUCCCUUCCUUCCGAUGGCAGUUCCCUGACAUCCACCUCCCCUCCAGGGCCCCCUUCACCCCCUCUCGCCCCUCCUCUACGGGCGGUGAGGAGGCAAAACCCGGAAUGAACUUCCUUCAUCUUCCGAUGUCUCGAACACUUCUCUCCACCUGUUGCGGUUCCUGGUCUCGAAGCACUCCUCCUCCUCCGAGUCCAUCUCCCCUUCCCCUUCCGAUUCUGGGAAUCCUUCCAACUCCUCCUCCUCCUCAGUGGUCCCAAAGUAUUCCCUCCGGAACCUCUCCACAGGCUGAGGUUUCCGCGGGAACCUUUGAUGGAACAUUUCUAUCAAUACCUCGUCAUUGAUAUCUUUGGCCAUUACCCACGUGUUUUCUGACUCCGGUUCUCCUUCCCACGCUACCAAAUACUCCACCUGAUUCCCCUCCACCUGGCAUCAAGGAUUUCUGCCACAUGACUGCUGCAUUCUCUUUCUUCUAUGACCGGUCCCCGAGUGUCCAUCCCUUCUCGUCCCCUCGUACGGUGACAGUAACGACCUGUGAAAUACUGGGUGCAGUUUCAUGUGGUUGGGUAACCGGAGCCUGAAAGCCACUGGGUUGACCUGUUGAAUGACCUCAAAGGGACCCAACCUCCUGGGUCGUAAUUUCUUACAACCUCCUUUGAACGGCAACCCUCGGGUUGACAGCCACACCCUAUCUCCAACCCUUAUGGUUUCACCUUCCCUUCGGUUCUUGUCUGCCUGCCUCUUGUAUUCUUCCUUCGCCCUUUCUAAGUUGAGUUGGAGCUGACGGUGGAUUGCUUCCAUUUCUUCUACAAAAUGCUCGGCUGCCGGUACGCUCCAUCUCUCCCCUUCUCCCCUGGGAAAGCCCUGGGAUGACACCCAUAAUUAGCCAAGAAGGGGCUCAUCCCUGUGGACACAUUCUCGGCAUUGUUGUAGGCAAAUUCCGCCAGCGCCAACUUUUCUACCCAGUCAUUCUCUCUGUCAUUGACAUAACACCUCAGGUAUUGCUGGAGGACACCGUUUGCUCUUUCCGCCUGCCCGUUGGUUUCAGGGUGCCGGGCAGUCGAAAGUUGACCUCCACCUGCAGUAAGCUCAUGAGCUUCCUCCAGAACCUGGAAGUAAAUUGUUUUCCUCGGUCUGAGACCACCCUCAAUGGCACCCCGUGCAACCUAAAAAUGUGUUCUACAAAUAACUUCGCUGUCUCUUCCGCCGUGACUGCAUGCGAGCAAGCUACAAAGUGGCACAUCUUUGUUAGUAGGUCUACCACCACCAUGAUGGCUGUUUUCCCUUUGGACUUCGGCAGAUCAGUCAUAAAAUCUAUCGACACUGCCUCCCAAGGUCGUUCUGGUGUUGGUAAGGGUUCUAAUAGCCCCGCCGGCGCCCGCCUUUCCCCUUUGGCUCGCUGGCACUGCUCGCACCCUCUUACAUACUCACGUACAUCCUCCCUCACCUUAGGCCACCAAAAUUCCCUGGUGACCAACCACAUGGUUUUGUGUUGCCCAAAAUGCCCCGCCGUGGGGCUGUCAUGCAACUGCUUGAGUACCCUCCCCUUAAGUCUCCUUCAGGGAUAUACAGUGCCCCUUUGUAAUACAAAGCUCCAUUUCUUUCCUCGAAACCCCUUGAUUCCUCUCCCUCAUCCCUAAGACCUCUGAGCUUAUUCUGGGCGUAUUCAUCAUUCUCUGUUUCUUCUACCAGUUCUCUUUGUCCCACCAAUGCCGCCCCACACACCCAGCGGUCCUCUGGAAUGACAUGUCUCUCUUCGGGUGCUCCCUCCCCUCCCAAUAUUCAGGUUUGCGUGAGAGAGCGUCCGCCCUAAUGUUCUCUGGGCCUGGCACGUAACAAAUCUCAAAGUUAAAUUUGGAGAAUUCCUGGGCCCAUCUCACUUGCCGUUGGUUGAGCACUCGUGCCGUCCUCCAAUACUCUAGGUUCUUGUGGUCAGUGCACACUUGCACCUUAUGUUGUGCGCCAAUUAGCAGGUGCCUCCAUCUCCGGAACGCCUCAUGAAUGGCUAGUAGUUCUCGGUCAUACACCGUGUAGUUCCUCUCGGAUUUGUUCAGCUUUCGCGAAAAAAGCACACGGUCUCCACUCUGACUCCUCCUUCCCUGGCUGGAGAAGCACCGCCCCAACCGCUCUGUCUGAUGCGUCAGUUUCCACUCUCAUCGGUUUUUGUAAAUCCACAUGCAGGAGCUGUUGUUCCGAGGCGAAGGCCCUUUUAGUUCCUCAAAUGCUUGCUCCGCCUCCUCCGUCCAAACGAACUUCUUCUUACUGCUGAGACAGUCCGUAAUGGGCGCCGUCAGGUGGGCAAAGUUUGGGAUGAACUUACGAUAGAAGUUCCCAAACCCUAAAAACCUCUGCACAUCCUUCCUUGUUUUGGGUGUUUUCCAUUCCAGUACCGCCUGGACCUUGCCGGGAUCCAUGGCCAACCCCUUGUCAGACAGGCGAUACCCCAGGAAUUCCACCUCCUUGGUAUGAAACUGACACUUCUCCAGUUUCACCCACAGCUGGUUGGCUUGCAGCCUGCUCAACACUUCUCUGACGUCUCUCACAUGCUGCUCCUCAUUCUCAGAAUACACCAACACGUCGUCUAAGAAGGCCACACAAUUCUUGUAAAGCAACGGCCCCAGGACGUGGUUCAUAAACGAUUGAAAUGUUGCGGAGCCUGCUUGUAGACCGAAGGGCAUAACUAAGUAUUCAAAUGCCCCUAAAGGGGUGAACAUGGUGGUUUUCCAUUCAUCCCCCUUCCUUAUUCGUAUCAGGUUGUACGCCCCCUUAGAUCCAGCUUGGUGAAAAUCUUUCCCUUUCGCACCCUUGUCAAAAUGUCGUCAAUCCUGGGCAUCGGGAAGGCCACUGGUUCUGACACUGCAUUUAAGGCCCUGAAGUCACACACCAGUCUCGGCUUGUUCGUGUUUUUUGUCCACAAAAACACUGGGCUGCCCCCACCGCCCUGGACUCUCUGAUGAACCCUCUCUUCAGGUUCUUGUCAAUGAACUCUCUUAGCUCCUGCAUCUCUCUGUCUGACAUGGCGUACAGCUUGCCCACAGGGAGCUGUGCCCCAGGGAGCAAAUUGAUUUGACAGUCAAAGGCUCUAUGCGGUGGUAGUUGGUCAGCUUCCCUUUCGCUGAAGACGUCGCGGAGAUCUGCGUAUUGUCGUGGUACCUUCACGUUCUCCUUCACUUCAGUCCCUGCUAGGGUGGCUUGGGCCCCUGCCAAAACCUUUCCCUCUUUGCAAUGUUCUAAGCAAUGUGCUGACCCAAAAGAAACCACUCUCUGAUGCCAGCCCACCAGCGGAUCAUGUAACGCUAGCCAGCUCAUCCCCAAUAUAAUGGGAGCUCCUCCCAAGGUGGCCACAUUAAAAGCUAUCAGUUCAGUGUGCCUUGCCACCUUCAUUAUCAUUGGGACGGUCUGCAAGCUGACUUCUCCUCCCAACAGCUCCCUGCCAUCGAUCGUGGUUACCUGCAGGGGUUGCUUAAAGGGAGCGUCUGUAUCUGGUGUUCAGCUGCAAACUCUUUGCUCAUGAAAUUGCAGGAGCUGCCUGAGUCCAACAGCGCCUUUAUCUUUAGAGGGUGUCCGUUUGGGAGCUCUAGUGUCACUUCUAUCACUAGGGCGGGUUUAGGAGGUUCUGGAGUGGGCACUUUCACUGCUCUUUGGCCUGGCUGCUGUGCCCCGACAAUGGCAGCCAGGCGUUGGCUCUAGUAUCCACCGGAAAUUUUUCCUCUCUUCCCUCCACAGCUCCCACCAUCCCUUGCCAUUCCUUCCUCUGGGGGCAGACUCUGGCAAAGUGCCCUGGCUGUUGGCAGAGAUAGCAUUUCCGGGCGCCUUUUCCAUCCUUCUGUCCCCCCUCACUGGGCUUUGAAACUGCGCGCGCGCGCGCUGUUCCGAUUUCCAUCGGCUCUGCCGGCGGGACAGUUGGCUCUGGAAUGUCUGGAAUGCGGAACUCCUUCCAACGUUCCCCUUCCCUUCCCGCCUCUCCAAUGCUCUCGCCUCCUGGCGCGCUCCUAUGGCCAGCGCUGAUUUGGUCAGCUGGUCCAUAGACUCCGCCCUGGGCGCCCGGGAAAGUUCAUCUUUCACAGCCGAAGAAAGCCCUUCUUCAAAGAGCAUUUGAAUGGGUUCCGCCGAUAAGUCCCACCCCAAUCUGUGUAUCAGCAUGGUGAAUUCAGUCCAGUACUCACGUACAGAUCGGCUCCCCUGUUUGCAAGCCAUUAACUGUCUGCGCACCACUCCCUUUUCAAUAUCGCUGGAAAACAUCAGAUCCAUGGCGCGAAAGAACUUCAUCGUGUCUUUUAAGACGUCACUAUUCGCUGCCAUCAGGGGUCUAACCCAGUCGCUCGCCCCCUUGUCAAGAUGCCCAAUCACAAAAGCCACUCGUGAUUCCUCAUCAGGGAAAUCAUCAAACUGCAGAUUGAGGGCAUAUUGCAUUUCUGUCCGAAAGCUAUGAUAGUCUUUGGGCUCCCCCCCAAAUUUUUGCACCAAUCCUGGUACCUUUCUGGCGAGCUGGGUGGCUUUCUCCCUUUGUCUGCAUCUUGAGCCCUCCUCUCCUCCAGCCUCGCCGUCUGCAGCGCCAGCUGGACCUCUAACACCCGGUACCUUUCUUCCAGGCUUGGACCCGCUCCAGCCCCUGCUUCUCCGGUUCCUGCUGGGUUGCUCAUUAUUAUGCCGUCUCCUGCACAAGCUGCUUUCAAAGACUGUCGGAAUGCUGUGAUGGGAUUAUGAGCUGCUUGUGCGUAAAAUCGUAUUCCCUCAGAGUUUGUUCAAGUCCACAAACCUCUGUCUGUGACUGAGCCCCUCUGACAUGGCUCCUCUUAGUCACUGGAAGAUUCCGACAGUGGUUGCUUUCGUAAUCGCUUCCAACAUAAAAGCUCCUUAACGGAAACACGUCUUCUGGACUCUCUGCGUGACAGUUUCCGGCGAGGAGUGGGUGUCGCUACAGGAGGUCCGGAAACCUCACCACUGUUUUCGCUGGAAGUAUCUCUGAGCCAUCCCCCAGCUCCCUUUCCCUCAGUUCAGCUUGUCUCCCCUGCUGGUUUCCUCUUCCGCUGCUGAGUCUCUUCCAACCUGUCUGAGCCCUUUCACCUCCCUCAGUUCAGCUUCUCUCCCCUUGCUGGUUCCCUCUUCAGCUGCUGAAUCUCUUCCAACCUGUCUGAGUCCUUUCACCUCCCUUCCUUCCGAUGGCAGUUCCCUGACAGCCAGUCAUUAAUCUAGCAGCGUCUGCCUACUCAGAUCUGUACAGUUCCUUGUCUGGUCUUUUCCCCCCUCCAGCAAGUAACCACCUAGUGCACAGAGAUCCAGAGACUUGCAGUUAAUGAUUUGUCACUUAUUCAGAAUAGCUCCAGUUGGCAGCUGCGCUAGCCAUCCGCUAUGGCACAGCCACACUGUAUUAUGAUACAAUUAGGUAUCUCUUGGACUUCAACAUGGGUACCUGAUAUUUCCAGUUAAUCAGUAGGGGUUUUUUUGUGUAUGUGUGUGCGUGUGUUUUAAGUGACUACAUACUUUAGAUGUAGAGUAAGCUCCACAAAGGACUUAAGGAAAAUUGAUUUCAGUGUUCCUGUUGCGGUGGUGCUGUGUGGCUGUAUCCCAAACGAGUUUAGAUACUUUGCACACCCAGUUCCAAACACUCUUCAGCUUUAAAGCCCAAACUUGUCAUAUUUGUCACCUGUGUGGCCAGACUAAAAGAAAUGAUUGGAUUUUCUUUGAGAUAUGCAUUCAGCAUGAUGAGGAGCUAAACUAGCAAAGGAAACCGUCAACUUCUGGAAACACUGAUACUAUUUUAUACAAGUCAGCAGUGCUGAACUGAUGGCUAUUUCUCAGCUGUUUCACCCACCUUGAAAUCAGCUCCUUUGUUUUGCUAAUACCUUGGGGUGAGGCGAACCUUUUUUGGCUGGGGGACAAAACUGGAGACGCUGCCAUUUUCUUUUCCUCAGGAGCCCUGUUCAGAGGUGUGUUUUUUUAAUUUUGGAGAAUACAAAAUGGCUGUUACCAUUUUUUUAAAAAAUCCCUUGCCACACCAUGACGACUGCAAUUAUAAUGGACAGCAAUUGAAUAGCUACAGAGAAACACACACUUUUACUGAACGGACAAAUCAUUCACCCAACACCUCAUUUUAUUUGAGAGGUGCAAUGUUAAAAACCCUUCAAAAUAAAAGGUAGUGACUGAAAAAAGUUACAGUGAUGUUGCAUGCACGUCUAUUUUUAAUUAAUGAGCUAGUGGGGGGGGGGGACUUAUUUUCAGAAUAUUUAAAAUAUAAUAAAGGUACCCCUGACCGUAAGGUCCAGUCGCAGACGACUCUGGGGUUGCGCACUCAUCUCACUCCAUAGGCUGAGGGAGCCGGCGUUUGUCCGCAGACAACUUCCGGGUCAUGUGGCCAGCAUGACUAAGCUGCUUCUGGCGAACCAGAGCAGCGCAUGGAAACACUGUUUACCUUCCUGUCGGAGCAGUACCUAUUUAUCUGCUUGCACUUGAUGUGCUUUCGAACUGCUAGGUGGGCAGAAGCUGGGAUCGAACAACAGGAGCUCACCCCGUCAUGGGGAUUCGAACUGCUGACCUUCCGAUCAGCAAGCCCUAGGCUCUGUGGUUUAACCCACAGCGCCACCCACGUCCCUUAAAAUAUAAUGAUGCCUUGCAAAAAACAAAAAAACAAAAACAAAUAUGCUAUACUCAGAGGUUUGAAAAACUUAUGCUGUUGGGGUGGGAGGGACAAGGGAUCAGACAUUAACAGUGCAGGCCUAUGAGUGUGUAUUUUUGAAUCAGGUUAGCCAGAUUGAUUUGUAUGCUGUCGAGGGAUUCUUGUUGUUCUCUUGUUGGGGUGUGUAUGUGAUAAAGGGGAACCAAUAGUAUACUUAUUUGUGUAACAUUAUUCUUGUUUGUUUGCCAACAAAAGUCCGUAUAGUAAAAGCUAUGGUUUUCCCAGUAGUGAUGUAUGGAAGUGAGAGCUGGACCAUAAAGAAGGCUGAUCGCCAAAGAAUUGAUGCUUUUGAAUUAUGGUGCUGGAGGAGACCCUUGAGAGUCCCAUGGACUGCAAGAAGAUCAAACCUCUCCAUUCUUAAGGAAAUCAGCCCUGAGUGCUCACUGGAUGGACAGAUGCUGAAGCUGAGGCUCCAAGAUUUAGAACCUCAAAGCCAAAGUGAGAGCAUUUGGGUCAAAAUUAAGGGAGAGAAGAAUAACAGUGACCUCAUUGUGGGAGUUUACUAUAGAUCCCCAAGCCAAAUGGAGGACAUAGAUGAUGCCUUCCUGGAACAGAUGGCCAAGCAUGCAAAAGGAAGGGAGAUAGUAGUAAUGGGGGACUUCAAUUACCCGGAUAUUUGUUGGAUGUCAAACUCAGCCAAGAGCAUAAGGUCAAACAGGUUCCUCACUGGCCUUGCAGACAACUUCAUUGUCCAGAAAGUGGGAGAAGCAACACGAGGAACAGCCAUUUUAGAUCUGGUCCUAACCAAUGUUGAUGACCUGGUUAGUGGGGUAGAAGUGGAAGGAUCAUUAGGCGCGAGUGAUCAUGCUCUUCUGAAGUUUACUAUACAGCGGAAAGGAGCAGCCAAGCAUACUAGGACUCAAUUUCUUGACUUUAAGAAAGCCGACUUCAUAAAACUUAGGGAAGUGCUGGGCGAGAUCCCAUGGACAGUAAUACUAAAAGGAAAGGGAGUUCAUGAUGGCUGGGAGUUUGUUAAGAGGGAGAUAGUAAAAACACAACUUCAGGCAAUACCAAUGAGACGGAAACAUGGAAGGUGUCUAAAGAAGCCAGGGUGGCUAUCUAAAGAACUUUUAACUGAGUUAAGAUUAAAAAAGGAUGUGUACAAAAAAUGGAAAAGGGGGGAACCACCAAAGAGGAAUUCAAACAUAUAGCCAGCACGUGUGGACACAAAGUCAGAAAAGCUAAAGCACAGAAUGAACUCAGGCUUGCUAGAGAGGUUAAAAGCAACAAAAAAGGCUUUUAUGGGUAUGUCCGUAGCAAAAGGAAGAACAAGAAACAGUGGGGUCACUCAGAGGAGAAGAUGGUGAAAUGCAAACAGGGGACACAGAAAGGGCUGAACUCCUCAAUGCCUUCUUUGCCUCAGUCUUCUCCGAUAAAGAAAACAAUGCCCGACCUGAAGAAUUUGGAGCAAAUGAUUCAGCAGAGGAAACGCAGCCCAGAAUAACUAAGGAGAUAGUACAAGAAUACUUGGCUAGUUUAGAUGUAUUCAAGUCUCCAGGGCCAGAUGAACUGCAUCCAAGAGUAUUAAAAGAACUGGCAGAUGUGAUCUCAGAACCACUGGCAGUCAUCUUUGAGAAUUCCUGGAGAACAGUCGAAGUCCCGGCAGACUGGAGGAGGGCAAAUGUUGUCCCUAUUUUCAAAAAGGGGAAAAGAGAGGACCCAAAUAAUUACCGCCCAGUCAGUCUGACAUCAAUACCAGGGAAGAUUCUGGAGCAGAUCAUGAAGCAAACAGUCUGUGAGCACCUAGAAAGGAAUGCUGUGAUCACCAAUAGUCAGCAUGGAUUUCUGAAAAAUAAGUCAUGUCAGACUAACCUGAUCUCGUUUUUUGACAGAAUUACAAGCCUGGUAGAUGAAGGGAACGCAGUGGAUGUAGCCUACCUUGAUUUCAGCAAGGCAUUUGACAAGGUGCCCCAUGAUAUUCUUGUAAAGAAGCUGGUAAAAUGCGGUCUUGACUAUGCUACCACUCAGUGGAUUUGUAACUGGCUGACUGACUGAACCCAAAGGGUGCUCAUCAAUGGUUCCUCUUCAUCCUGGAGAAGAGUGACUAGUGGGGUGCCACAGGGUUCUGUCUUGGGCCCGGUCUUAUUCAACAUCUUUAUCAACGACUUGGAUGAUGGACUCAAGGGCAUCCUGAUCAAAUUUGCAGAUGACACCAAACUGGGAGGGGUGGCUAACACCCCAGAGGACAGGAUCACACUUCAAAACGACCUUGACAGAUUAGAGAACUGGGCCAAAACAAACAAGAUGAAUUUUAACAGGGAGAAAUGUAAAGUAUUGCACUUGGGCAAAAAAAUGAGAGGCACAACUACAAGAUGGGUGACACCUGGCUUGAGAGCAGUACAUGUGAAAAGGAUCUAGGAGUCUUGGUUGACCACAAACUUGACAUGAGCCAACAGUGUGACGCGGCAGCUAAAAAGCCAAUGCAAUUCUGGGCUGCAUCAAUAGGAGUAUAGCAUCUAGAUCAAGGGAAGUAAUAGUGCCACUGUAUUCUGCUCUGGUCAGACCUCACCUGGAGUACUGUGUCCAGUUCUGGGCACCACAGUUCAAGAAGGACACUGACAAACUGGAACGUGUCCAGAGGAGGGCAACCAAAAUGGUCAAAGGCCUGGAAACGAUGCCUUAUGAGGAACGGCUAAGGGAGCUGGGCAUGUUUAGCCUGGAGAAGAGAAGGUUAAGGGGUGAUAUGAUAGCCAUGUUCAAAUAUAUAAAAGGAUGUCACAUAGAGGAGGGAGAAAGGUUGUUUUCUGCUGCUCCAGAGAAGCGGACACAGAGCAAUGGAUCCAAACUACAAGAAAGAAGAUUCCACCUAAACAUUAGGAAGAACUUCCUGACAGUGAGAGCUGUUCGACAGUGGAAUUUGCUGCCAAGGAGUGUGGUGGAGUCUCCUUCUUUAAAGGUCUUUAAGCAGAGGCUUGACAACCAUAUGUCAGGAGUGCUCUGAUGGUGUUUCCUGCUUGGCAGGGGGUUGGACUCGAUGGCCCUUGUGGUCUCUUCCAACUCUAUGAUUCUAUGAUUCUAUGAUUCUACUUUGGCCACCUCAUGAGAAGAGAAGACUCCCUGGAAAAGACCCUGAUGUUUGGAAAGAUUGAAGGCACAAGGAGAAGGGGACGACAGAGGACGAGAUGGAUGGAUAGUAUUCUCGGAGCUACCAGCAUGAGUUUGACCAAACUGAGGGAGGCAGUGGAAGACAGGAGUGCCUGGCGUGCUCUGGUCCAUGGGGUCACGAAGAGUCGGACACAACUAAACGACUAAACAACAACAACAAUUCUUGCUUGUAAAAUUCAAUAAAAACAAAAAUAAAAAACAGUGUAUGUCUAUGCAUAUCUACCCAUGAGUUCAAAUGAGACUUACUCCCAAGUUAAUGUGCUGUGAAAAAUCAGCAAAAUGAAUUGGAGUAGCAGCCUCCUUCUUGCCAGCCCUACAAAUCAGUAAAAGUAAGAAAAGAAAGGAGAACAUUUUAAUAAAUAUUUAUUAUCUGUAAAGGGAGUAUCUAUAUUAGUUAAUACUUUGUUAUCCCUUUGGAUCUACACUGUAUCUUUAUAUUUUUGUAUUGCUAGGUUGUGGCGCUUUAUGGUUUAAAUUUUUGAUUCUUUUUUUCUUUCUUUUUGUUAUGUUUGUACUUUUUCAAUUAAAAAAAAAAAGAACAGGGAGGGGAGAGGGGGGCAGGUCUGUUUCCCUUGGCUCAGCUUGCUGGUUCUUCCCUCCAUGAGACUAUUAUAUCACUUUGACCCAUUUCCAGUUCUUUCAGGGAAAAUUCCAACUUUGUCAAUUUCUGAAUGACAAAAUGAUGUAAAAAAUACAAAAGCAAGCAAAUCUAACUCAAUGACCAGGGAGUAUGUGUGUGUGUGUUUAAAAAUGGCAUGUGCAAUGCCUUAAGAGGCAAACUUCCAUUAAUGGAAGCCCUACAAUAAUGUCUACAGUUGAAGCUGGCAUUCAGAAUCAAGUGUAUUCUUCUGAUCUAGCCUGUUCUUGUGAGCACUCCAUGUCAGAGUGCCUUAAUGCCCACAGCUAUUUCACCUAAUAUCGAAAGUAUCAGCUUUAUUUAAUUGAAUGGGAAACUCCCAUAAGAGUGCUGUGAGUGCGUGGCAGGAAACAGGGGUUUUGGAUCACGUUAAAACACUUGGCCCAUUAGGCACAGCUCUACCGUUAGACAGUUAACUUGGGUGCCGUGAAAGAAGAGCAAAUGGUUGGUUUUGUUGUUGUUUGUUGUUGUAUUUUUACUGUAUGGGAGUUGGGAAGUAUAUGUGGGAUUUUUCUGCCUCAGGGGAGAAAAUAACUUGGCUAACUUUGAGCACUUCUUGAGAGGCAAAGGAAGAGGCAUUUGUUGCUUGACCUCAGGCAGUAAAAUGUCUCCAGCUACCCCAUAGUUAAACAUUGGUGAAAAGUGGCAGAUCUGGGCAUUGAACAAAGUACUCUAUGCAUGUCUUAAAAUACAAUUAAUUCUCUCUGCCAAGGAGGAUUCCACUGCUGCUGAUCCAUUGGAAACACUCCUGAUCAAUAUUGACCAAUUUACAUGGAAAUCUAUAAGCAAAAGACUGACUUAUAAAGCAAAAAUGAACUUCCUUUAAUAUAUAACUCUAUCCAAUAUUUGAUCUUAAAUUAGUUCUAAAUUCUCAGCAAAUUAGAAGAUUACAUCCACAUUAAUCCAAAUUAAGUCAUCAUGAUUAAUGAAAUUUCAAAUACCAAUAGAAUUAACUAUAAUUAGUAACUUUUGUAAAGCGUUGCUGAAUUAAAUCUCUUGGGCAAUAGAUUUCCCACCCCGACCCCAGCAUUGACAGUAAAUUCAGUACAUAUUUAAUUAUAUGGAAAAAGUAAUAAGUAUGCUAUACACACUUUAUAGGACUAUCCAAGUAUGCUAAUGAAGCUGAGAAGAGUGUUUGGAAGUCAAGAAAUUGGUUCAAGAAUACUUGAAAUGAGUGCAUGUGGAAUCUAUCCCUAAGGUAUCACAGUAGGUAUGUAUAACGCCUAAAGCUAUGGGUCACAGAGAAGUAUAACCAUUCAAUCUGCUGCAUCAUGUAUGCUGACAUAUAGUCCCCCCCCCUAUAAUCUAGGAUGCUAAAUCAUGCUAUAAUGAAGUACUGAAUUACUGAGGCUUUUCCAAUUUCCACCGAAAUGGACUUUAAUUCAAAACUAUGCCCAGUUAAUUAAACUUUCCCCAUGAUCUAAUUUGCUCUAAUUAUUUCUAUAAAUUGAAAUGAAACUGGGGUUGUAUAAAAUUACCCUAAAUUGGAGCCAGUCUCCAGUUAGAGGAGAGUUUUUGAAAGAGGGGGAGAGACGCUAAAAUGAGUGAAAGCGCAGAAAGUGUGGGUACUCAACCGCAUAAUGCUUGCUGAUAGUUUGAACAAAGCUAAACAAAAAAUUUAACUUUUAUAACUUGAAUUUGAAAUUGUCCAAUCUCAUUCCAUUUAUUUAUUUAUUUGAACGGUUAGCUCUCCAUACCUUGAGGGCUAGGUACAGGGAGUAAUAAAAUUAAAAAGCAAAUGUAAAAGAUUCCAUUAAGCUUCAAAUAAAAUCUAAUUAAGGAGAUUAAAAAUAUAGCAAAUGCUAACAACUUCAACACUGGCCGUGAAAGACCUGUUUUAGAAAGUGGUUCGAGCACUGGCAGAUUUCCAAGGAAAGAGAGAGCCAUCAUUGUGGUGAAGCCAAAUGGCUGCCUUCUUGUACACACUUACUUGGGAGAACAUCCAUAGAAUUCAGUGGGACUUACUUCUGAACAGACAAAUAUAGGAUUUUUUCCUCAGCAAUAUUUAUACAAUAAAUUAUUCAAUACUGCGUAUAACACAAUAAACCAAACAAGAAAGGAGAACAUUCAAGCAGCAGAUUACUAAGGAGAGCAGAACUUCAUUUUAAAGAAUGCUGGUUAGUUAUCAAUACAGUCUCAUAGAAGUCUGAGAAAACACAAUGCUUCAAGGAACCUGCAAGGAGAUGGAACACCAUUUCCCCCAACAACAUAGGGCCAAAAUAAAUUUAUAAGAGGGACAUAGCUGUCACCUCUCCAUUACUUUCCCACCAUUCUAUUCAGUCCCAUUGUCUAAAGACAUUGUCUGGAUGGAAGACCUCUUAGAGGGAGCAAUCUGUGGACCAUUUUAGGUUCCACAAUGGAAGAAAGAUGGGAUAUCAUUGAAAGGGAAACAAUACAGUGGUACCUUGGGUUAAGUACUUAAUUCGUUCCGGAGGUCCGUUCUUAACCUGAAACUGUUCUUAACCUGAAGCACCGCUUUAGCUAAUGGGGCCUCCUGCUGCUGCCGCGCCACCGGAGCACAAUUUCUGUUCUUAUCCUGAAGCAAAGUUCUUAACCCGAGGUACUAUUUCUGGGUUAGCGGAGUGUGUAACCUGAAGCGUAUAUAACCUGAAGCACAUGUAACCCAAGGUACCACUGUAUAGGGGGAAAAGUAAAGUCUUACACACCAGACUCUCACACCAUUAUCCAGUUUCCAGAAUGUAUUACUCUUCUGUUUCUAGAUCUUUGGAGACAAGUGUGUUGGUUAUUGUUCUGUGUGUAAAAAUCUUUUACAUAAAAACCUUUUUUCAAAAGAAGAAGAAGGGGGAAGGAGGAAGAAUGCAUUACCCUAAUUCUACUCACUGCAAUGAAGUUUUCAAGCACAAUCUUAAGACCCUAGCUGGAGGCAAACAAUUCAAUCCUUUGUGAUUCUCUUGAUUAAUAGAAAAUAUGUUUCCUAAGCAACAAGAUGCCAUAACACAUAUUCACAUGAAUUACUGUAAAAUAAAAGUACACAAAAAAUUAAAAACAUAUACUUCUUUGUCUCUUUAUCUCACAGCACUCUUUGUCUCAUGCUCACAAUUGCUCUUCAAGACUACAGAAUGCAUGAGUAGUUGAAGAAGUAAAAGAAAAUAGGCUACCACGUGAAUUUAAGAAACACCCAAGUUCAAUCUGAUGGCAUAGCAAGAGUUUCAACAUAAGCUCCCUGACCUUCCUUUUCCACUGAUUCCAACCUUGACCCAAAGGGACUCUAUCCCUUGGGACUGAGGGAUAUGUUAUUGCUUGUUAUUUCAUUACAAGGUUCCUGCUGAGUAGAGACAGCCAAGCGGAUUAAUUAAAUUAAGUGUGCCUUGUAAUAGAGGUUUGCAGCCUAUUGGAGGGAGUGUGACUUGCAGUUUAUUGGUGUGAGUUGAUACUGACAGACAUAUGUCAUUGUGUUCAAAAUGUACUAUAUUUAAAUGCAUGCACUUUCUUGGCUCAUGCAAUCCCACUGGAUAUUAUUUUUGUUGAACCAGAAUAAUUGCAGCAUAAAUGUAUAAUCUAAAUGCUAUGGAUUUUCUUUGUCCCUGCCUCACUGAAAGUGAUGGAUUGAGACAAACAGUGGCUUCCAAAUAUAGUUUUGAGAGGUGCCUGUCCUUGUACCAGCCAAUCAAUGAACACAUUCUUUCAAAGUGAGCAACUACGCACAGUUGCAGUUUGGUGACCAACAUAUGCCUGAAGUCCUGUAGCAAAUCUUCUGAUUUAAUAGUAUACGCUUCCAAACCAUAGAAGGGCAAUCAUUUUAUUUUCAUUUACAGUGGUACAUCAGGUUAAGUACUUAAUUCGUUCCGGAGGUCCGUUCUUAACCUGAAACUGUUCUUAACCUGAAGCACCAGUUUAGCUAAUGGGGCCUCCUGCUGCCGCCGCACCUCCAGAACCUGAUUUCUAUUCUUAUCCUGAAGCAAAGUUCUUAACCUGAAGCACUAUUUCUGGGUUAGCGGAGUGUGUAACCUGAAGCAUAUGUAACCUGAGGUACCACUGUAUUUAUCAAAGGAAUGUGUAUACCACCUUUUUAUUUUUGAGAAUAAAACCAACUCAAUAACACAAAAUUAAAUAUCAGUCAAAAUAAAAUAAUGUUAAAAUAUCAGUCACGGUAACCAGGAAUGGUAGGAAUUGGUAUUAAUGGUUGGGAAAAUUCCUGGGUAAAGAGAUUUUUUUUCAACUGUUAUGGAAGCAACCAAAUUCACGCACAUAUGAAGACUGCUAGCCUAGGCUGUUCUUUCUCACCUUCUUCCCUAAACGGCCUCAGCCCUGUAUACCUGAAGGAGUGUCUCCACCCCCAUCGUUCAGCCCAGACACUGAGAUCCAGUGCCGAGGGCCUUCUGGCGGUUCCCUCACUGAGAGAAGUGAGGUUACAGGGAACCAAGCAGAGGUUCAGUAGUGGCACCUGCCCUGUGGAAUGCCCUCCCAUCAGAUGUCAAGGAAAUAAGCAACUAUUCUACUUUUAAAAGGCAUCUGAAGGCAGCCCUGUUUAGGGAAGUUUUUAAUGUUUAAUGCUGUUUUGUGUUUUUAAUAUUCGUUUGGGAGCCGCCCAGAGUAGCUGGGGAAACCGAACCAGAUGGGCAGGGCAUAAAUAAAUUAUUAUUAUUAUUAUUAUUAUUAUUAUUAUUAUUAUUCCUUCUUAUUGCUCAGUUAAUGCUUCUCUACUUCCAACUGCCUUCCUUAGUCAUAAAGAAUAAGAUUAUCAAUGGCUACCAGCCAUGAUAGUUACCAUAUUUUUCCGUCUAUAAGACGCCUCCUAUUUUUGUGGACUCGGAUUUAAGAAAAUGGGGGGGAGUCACUAUCCAUGCAUAAGACGCCCCAUAAUUUUUGACAUUCUUUUAAAGGGGAAAAAACCUAGUCUUAUACAAGGAAAAAUACGGUAUGUUCUACCUGCGCUGUUGGAAGGAAUGUGCCUCUGAAUAUCACAAUUUCUGGGAAGCACAAUUAGGGAGAGAAAUAAUAAGUAGUCUUGCUUACCUAAUUGCCUAUCAACCAAUUUAUCAUGCAAGACCGAAGAACAUGUCCUCCAGACACCUAUUUUAUAGCCAAGACCAACAUUAAAGUGAGAUUUGGCUGCAUAAUAUAACUCAACAAAUAACCACCAGGUAGGCAUGUCCUUCCAGGCACCCAAUGCUUGGUCAGCUCUUGUCUAACUUUCAAAAGUCUUAAAGGAACUUGGAAACAGUAAAAGGUCAGAAAAUGUCCUCAUUACAAAUAGAUGGGCAUCGUGUCACUACCAGUAACAGUUGCAGUUACAGAGUAACUACAGAUAAUUACAAUCAUUUAAUUCAAAAGUCCCAAGUCACUUCAUGCAGAACGCGAGUCAUUUAUCAUUAUUGACCUUAGUUGAAACAAAUCUACCAAAUCAAUAAGGGUUUCAAAUAUCCAUUAGAGGAGGCAGUGAUUGGUUACAAAUGAUAAGCACUUCAUAUAUAUACCUAUAUUAAUAGGGGGAAAGCUGUCCUGGAUGUUUUGGAUUAAUGAAGAAGAGUUGGUUCUUGGUAGUGACAGUUAAAUAAAAUAGAGUUGACCUUAAUUCUCCUUUAAUUAACAUUAAGAAAAACUGGUUGUUUUCAGUGAGUCCUAUUAACUACUGAAACAUAGGUAAUUAAAAAAAACCCUAUUGUGCUAUAUAAGUGAAAAUUUAAUACUUUACCCCUGUUCCAAACACAAUGGUCUCAGUCCAACAAGGGUAAAUGGUUGUGGUGUGUGCUUUUCAAUACAAGGCUGAAAAGUUCGACCCAUGAGCCAGAGAGAGAGCAGACCACAUAUUUAAAGGAAGUGAAUGGGAAGUAGAGGAUUCAGAUUUCUCUGUCUCCAACAAAAAUCAUUAAAGGCAGUGUACUGUAUCUAACUGAGUCCCUUCCAUCACAGAAAUCUCUUCAACCCUGCAAAAACUUCUGUGAAUGUAAGCGUGGAAGGAGAUUUUUGCUGAUUUCCACUGGAACAUGAUUGGAGGAACGGUAUUGGAUACAACCCGAUCUGACCAAUGUUAUACAUUCCUGUUCUGGAAACUGCAUUACAGUUUUUAGGUCAGAAAACCCAUAUUUUUUAGUGGUGAAUUUGCUUUUGUCUUCUGGCUGGGAGACCAUUGCUCUGACAUCCUUGGAAGUCUUCUGGGACAAAUUUUGAGCACUUCAGUAAUAAAACCCCACUCAUAUUCUGAUAGAAUUUGAUGCUACAGAGCAAGUCCUUUAGAAGCAUUCAGAGCACUGUCUGUUUAUCUGAGCUGCAUCAUUUCUGAGAAUGUGGACAAGGUGCUUGCAGCGAUGCAGUCAAGUACCUGUAUUCUUCACUCUUGCUCAACUUGACUUCUUAGAGCUAGUCAAAGGAUUGCCUGGGUAGGUCAAGGGAGUGAUUAAUGCUUCAUUGGAGCAUGAGGAGGCUAGAUGAGGAGGUCAAAAAGUUGGCAGAAUCCUUCUGGGGCUGACCUUCUUGGGUUCAAGAGGUGAGGAGAUGGCUUGCUCUGGACCAGGUUACAGAAGGAAUAGGCCCAUAGACUGGGGAUACUAAUGGGUCCAACAUUGCCUCUGGAGGCUCAUGAGACCUCAGUGGCUAGGAAUGUCUGGCUAGGAAUAUGACCCUUUCGAGAGAUGAUUCAGCCAUUGUACUCCAUGCUUUAGUAACUUCCAGACUGGCUUAUUGUGACAUGCUCUACAUGAGUCUGCCCUCGAAGAAGACUUGGAAACUUCAACUGGUCCAAAAUGCAGCAUCCAGACUACUGGCUGGGGUUCCAUUUAGAACUCACAUAACCUCUAUUUUAAAACAGCUGCAUUGAUUGCCAAGUUUGUUUCCAGCCUCAAUUCAAGGUGCUCACAUUAGUGUUUAAAGCCCUGUAAACAAAUGAGGCCCCGUUUCAUAAAGACUUCUGCUUGCCAGAUGGAACAGUACUCCUCCUCUCUCCCUCUACUGUUCUGCUCCCACCACCCAGAAAACCCCGGUCAAUUUCAGGGGUAUGGGGGCAUGUAGGACAUGCUGAAUGGGGAAAACUAAAAAGCCCCAAUCUGUGGGCCCUGCUCUGCAUCUACAUCUGGGUAUCAGUUUCCUCCCCACCUGCAUCCUGAUAGCCAAAUUGACAAUGUCACAGUGGCACCUUCGCAGAAGUAGUUUGGGUGAUCAAGUGCAACACAGAACAGCUCUCCUGCAACUUUGAAAACUUGUUAUGCAAGCUACACCUGCUGAAUUUCUCUUUUCUACACAACUGUUAAAAGUGAAGGAGCCAUGUUGUCUUUUGCAACCACAGAAAUGGGGUCUGCAAAGCUUCAAGAUAAGCUCCCUGUCAUGCUAAAGAAGCACUGGGAUUUUUAUUUUUAUUAAAAAAAAAGAUUUGCAAUUAAAUGUUGACCAAUCUCUGUUGCAUAUAAUAAAACUGUUUAAUAAAAACAAAUCACUAUCUUUUUGUCCUGAUAGCUGCUUUCCCAGAAAAUUUAUUUUGUGGCCAGCCUUAUUCCCCAGAGAGUGUGAAAUGACAUAGGAUAUUAAAUACCAACACAUGUAUCACAGAAAAUAUAAAUUUAAUACUGUGAUCGGUGUCUAAAAUAGGAGGAACAGAAGGGAGGGGGCACUUGAGUAUGUAAAUAAAGCAGUAUCACAAUGCAACAGAACCUUUUCGACAAUGAGCUUUAAUCCAAGCAGCUAGACGACAAUACAAUCUAAGUCCGUAUGACAUAAAUGUGAUUGAUGUCUUCCUCCUACAGCAUGCCCUGGGAGCUCAGAAAGAGGCAGUAGUAAUAGCAACACAACUCAAUGGUAAAUCACACCAUUAGUAGUUAAUAAAUGCAUGUAUUUCUCAAGGCAGCCAUGUAAAACCAGUACACAGCCUAUUAUUCCAAUGCCUGUAAGCUUUAAUUACAACCUUAUUAAAGUACAUUGUGCUAAUGAUUCUUUCAAAUUCUCUGAUUUUUUCCUACUGGCAAUUCUAUAAAAGGGAACCCUGGAUUGCAAAGUUUGUGUUUUGAGCCAGGAGGUAAGUUACAAAGAAAAGCAGGGAAAUCCAAAGAGUAUUAAAAUAAUCUUAGUUUAAACAUGACAGCACCCAAGUGGAAGUAACAAAACCAUCCUUACUGAUUCCUGUACAUCUUCCCACUCCAAAGUUGCAAUCCUAAACAAACUUACAGUCGUACCUUGGUUCUUGAAUGGAACCCAUUCCAGAAGUCCGUUCGAUUCUGAAAACAUUCGAAAACCAAGAUGCGGCUUCUGAUUGGCUGCAGGAGCCUCCUGCACUCAAUUUGGAAGCGGUGGAAGUAGUGUCGGACAUUUGGGGUCCAAAGAACUUUCACAAACCAGAACACUCACUUCUGGGUUUGCAGUGUUCAGGAGCCAAGACAUUCGAGUUGCAAGGCGUUUGACAACCAAGGUAAGACUGUACUAAAGAGGAAAGCUCUUGAACACAACUGGAAACUUCUGAAUAAACAUAUAGGGAGUAGUGGUCUAUGUUGUGGGGUAGGUCCAUUAGGUUGGCAGAAGCUGGGACAAAGCAACAGGAGCUCACUGUGUCAUGUGGAUUCGAACUGCCAACCUUCCGAUUGGCAUGCCCUAGAGGCUCAGUGAUUUAGACCACAGCACCACCCACAUCUCACACAGUGUUGAAUUAGGGUUUAAAACCCCAGAUAAACAUGGGAGAAGAAGACAUAUGUAGACUGCCCAUAUGCAUCUCUUCCAUCACUGCUCACCACCCAACAGCCCCUCUUGACAUACCCAGAUCACUCAGGGUGGACCUGAUCUGACCCAGGGUAAUCUGGGGCUUCCUGAACCCAUUCUAGCUAAACCCUAGGUCAAACCAAAUUGGCCCAAAUUGAUUCAAGGCCCAUUUGGAGUUACCACAUAGUCUUACUAGAAAGUGUGGAUCAUUUUCACUGUAUAGUUUAAUCACUACUCGGUACUAGAAUUAGUUGUAUUUGUUAUUGUCUACUGACUGGUGUGUCUUCUAAGGCUUCCAUGACAGAAAUGCCAUGUAUAUCUUUUUCAAAGAUACAUAUAUUUCAAUUUCUUCAUAUAUUUGUUCAGAGGGGACAAAAGGAGUAGAAGCAGUCCAAAUAACUGCCAACAAAAUAAGCCUAGACUGUGCAUAGAUGUUUAAUUUCCCAGUGCCUAUUUCUGACUCAGAAAUAGUUUCCUCCUCAGCAGAUGUUCCACCGAUUUCUCCUUUCCACACUUAUCUGUCUUAAAAAUUUCUGCCGUGUCUCUGUACUAUUGGCCCCUUUGCGCUCUCCUUAAUAAAGGACUGUUAUAAUGUGUAUCCCCUUUAGAAUUAGUUUGACCAGUAGCAGAAUGUUAUGAAUUUUGAAAAUGCUGUCAGUUGGGAUUGGUUGCAUUUACCAAUUUAAAAUGAGUUUUGUUUCAAAGCACUUUGCCUGCCAUCCAAGGUAAUUGGAAAGCAAGUUUGAAAAAUCCUCUAAUGUGCUUUUUAAAAUGGACCAAGGCUACAGAGGCAGCCUCUUAGACAAAAUAUAAUUAAUUUCUAUCUGUCUAACCUGAUCAGUGCAAGCUGACAGUCCCUCUGUAUUCCUUAUUUUUAAUGUAUGUGUAUUUUUUUCCAAUAGACUACAUCUUCCUUUCAUCUGCCUCUUUUCCUUCGGUAAAUUGGCAUUUUCUGUCUUCUAGGAAUCUCAUUACCAUCUAGUGAUUCUCCAUUUCUUCAUAAUAAAGGUGCCCAACUUAUGUGCCCAAAAGAAAUGUAAAUAUGUAUUUUUCUUUACCAAAGCUUUAUUCACCAUGCCUUUUGUGAACUGAUGACACAUGCCAUUAGUGUUCUGAAAUCAUUCUAAACACCCAAUAAGAGAACAGUCUAUCCCUCUUGUAAAAGUUUCUGCAUAUGCAGCACUCUGCUUUCAGUACUGAAUACUCAACAGAAUACUCAUACAUGAGUCUACAUUCUCGGGAACUAGAUUACAUACUUUUGGAGGGGUUACAUUUCCUCAUAUGGAUAUUAUUAUUUGCCUGGGGUUUGGGGGGAAGGAUCUCCCAAAAAGAGGACUUUGUUUAGUGAAGCCACGUGAAGGUUUCUCUCAGCAUUUUAGAAAAGAAAACCAAGGUCCAACUGUGGUUGAACAGAUUUGUCAAUUUCAGCUUGUCUCAGUUUCUCAUAUCUUUCCAAUCCAAAGUUGAAGUCCCCAAAUUUCUGUAUCAGUUUGCAGAUUUUGGGGGGUUGGGGGGAUACCCUCUUAAAAAUUCAUCAGCAUUUCAGUGCACUUUUUUCAUAAUUUACACAGUUUGGGAAGCAAUUCCUCCUUAUACAAUGACUUAAUAUUUCCCCCCCUAAUAUAUGGAUUUAUUUAUGCACGGUUUCCCCUAAUAAACAUAUUUUUGUACAUGCCUACUUGGUUGGAAAACAGCAUCACAAAAUUUGGAAAAAUGAAGAUAUCAGAAGUUUGCAUUAAAAUGCAAAACAAAUUUCACUUCUUCCCCAUUGCUAGUCCAAAUCACAUGUGUGUAUGUGUGUGUUUGUUUUGAAAAGUGUGAUAUUCAUACUUUUUUUAAAAAGGCUUAAGAACUCCAUCCUCCCAAAGGUCACUGUUACCAACAGUCCUGUGAGAAAGAGAAUCAUCAGGAAGCAAGACAAACCACCAUUACAACUAUCCGCGGCUAACACCCCUUUCUUUCCUUCCCAAGGCCAUCAGAACCUGUGCAAAAGAGAACCAGGGUCAUCUUUUCUGGGAGUGGCUGUGUGAUGCUACCCUGAAAUAGACCUGGACAAGUCACCAACAAGCUCCAGAAGGCCACUUCAAGGUAAACUGAGUAGCCAAGUGUUGCCAUGUAGUAUGGUUCAACUGUUACUCUACACAUGUCCCAUAACUGUAUGUUAUUUGGCUUUAUUUUGAGCAAAGAGCACAGAAUUGUGGUAAACCAGAGACAGCCCCAUAUAUGGUACAAUCCAGCAGUGAUCUCAGCACAUGCCAGUCACAGGCAGGAGGUUGCACUUGGUUAACUGGCUCACAGAACCCAUUGCAGCCAUGAUUUUGAACUAUGCACACCCCGCAGUAGCUCGGUGUGUGUGUGUGUGUGUGUGUGUGUGUGAUGCUGGCAUGUCCCCACCCAAACCCAGCCUUGCUUCCCAUGAAAAGGUUGCUGAGGUGACUGCAGAUUUCUGCUAGGCCUGAGAAGAUCCACUCUGUAAGGUCAACAUUGACAGUCUCUUCUGAGGUGUUUGGAUUGCUGGGGGCUAACCAAAUAUAUAUUAAGAAGAACUAAUGCUUUCCCCCCUUCCUCUCUAAACAUCACUUUUCUUUUGUGUUUAGCAGACUUUUUCAAGUGUAAGGAAGGGUAAACACACUUUAAGUGUUCCUACUCCUACAAAUACUACUACUACUACUACUACUACUACUAAAUUAUAUUUAAAUACCGCCCUUUAUAUGAUGAUCAUAGGGUGGUUUACAACAUAAAAACACAAAAGACAUAAAUGCUAGUUUAUCAGGGUUACCACACAGCUGCUUCAUCUACACUAUGGCCACAUGCACAGGUUAUGUUCCAGGUUUUCAUGCGCAUUGUCAGAGUGCACAUAAGCACUCUCUAUUACAUCCCUACCCUGGUUCCACAAUCUUUUCCUGCAACUUCCAGGUUCACAGUGAUGCUCACAUGCUUGAUUGCAUAUUCUUUGAACACGCGCAAAAUGCCUGUAUGGUGGUACCUCGGGUUAAGAACUUAAUUCAUUCCGGAGGUCCGUACUUAACCUGAAACUGUUCUUAACCUGAAGCACCACUUUAGCUAAUGGGGCCUCCCACUGCCACUGCGCCGCCAUCACACAAUUUCUGUUAGGAUGAGAACAAAGUUCUUAACCUGAGGUACUAUUUCUGGGUUAGCGGAGUCUGUAACCUGAAGCGUCUGUAACCCGAGGUACCACUUUAUAUUUCUAGACACACAUUUGUCCACAAUUGAACAGCCACUGUGGUGUAGUAGAUACAGCAGUAUACCUGAACUAGAGGAAACUGUUCUCAAAUUAUAACUUUGCCACAAGGCUGACUUCAUGGCUUUGGGUAACUCACACUCUCUGCCUGUCAAGCCUACAUCCUCACAGGGAAUGAGUAGCCCUGUAUGUGGCUCCUUCAAGCUGCUUGGGCAUGGCAUACAAUGGUGAUGAAUAAAUAAAUUAUUGUUUCACUUCUUUUCAGUGCCCAGAACUUUGCUGAUGUCACACAUAUGAUUUAUGUUGUUCAUUUGUACCCCAGUGGAGCCACCAAGAAGCAGGAACAAUUCUGUUAAAAGUUAAAAGCCACUGUUAGAGAGAGCAAAAGUCAUUUAUGUAUACAGAAUUCCGUAAUACUUUUUGUUCAGCACAGGUCUUUACUAGUGUAACUUUUAACAUUCUUAUAUAAGAAACCAGGCGAGCCGCACAUUUUAAAUGGCUAGACCCCUAUGCUUUGCGCAGCUUCUAGUAGUAAACAGCAACAUAAAAGGACCCAUAAAUGUCAAAGCAAUGUACUUCUCAAUUCUCAUAGUUUACCUAUGAGACGAGAGCUAUUUUUUCCCAGCUAAAAAAUGGUAGAUUUGUGUUUUCAAUGGGCAUUUUCCAGGUAUUUUAUGGAGCUUUCCCAAGUGUUUCAUUGUAGGAAGGUGAAAAGUAUAUCAGUGAUCAAGUUUUAGACAAUGAAUGUUGGGAGGGAAAUCAAUAGUCUGAUUAAAAAGAAAAAGCUCAGGAGGCUCCUAAACCUAAGAAGUUGAUUUCUUACCUCAGUAUAUCUCACUCAAAGCACCAACUGGCCUGGCCUUCAGAUUUACUGGGCCAUUACUCCUUGCGUGCUUUUAAAUGAAGGACGGUAUCAGUAUGAAUGAGAAGCAAUUAGCACCUAGGGAGUGUGUGUCCCCUGAUGUAACUCUCCAGAGAGCAACCCCUCAACUGCCACAUGGAGAAAUGGGAUGUUUGGAGUUGAAAUUCUUUCUGUAGAUGAUUGCCGUUCAAAGUUAUUAGGAGCCUUUCAAAAUUAUCAGCACCUAAAACCCUGGAAAUGGCAUAAAUGAUGGUGGAUAAUAACCUUUGGGGUGGGCAUCAGACAAAAUAAGCAGUAGAAUGUCCUCAUAAACCAGAAGACUCUGAGUAUCCUUAGGAACUAGAGGAGAGUAAGCCAUAAUGAACUUCUCAUAUAUUCUGCAGCAAGGUUCAAACAUUUAACAGGCCAAAUGAAACCUUCUACUUCUCCACCAUAUACCAUAUUUUUUACUCCCUCCUAAAAAGUAAGGGGAAAUGUGUGUGCGUCUUAUGGAGUGGAUGCAGGCUGCGCAGCUAUCCCAGAAGCCAGAACAGCAAGAGGGAUCGCUGCUUUCACUGCGCAGCGAUCCCUCUUGCUGUUCUGGCUUCUGGGAUUCAGAAUAUUUUUUUUCUUGUUUUCCUCCUCCAAAAACUAGGUGCGUCUUGUGGUCUGGUGCAUCUUAUAGAGCGAAAAAUACGGUAUACUGUAUCUGUGACUAAAACAUGGGAGCUCCCGACAAACAUUCCUUGGACAUGUGUACAAUCGGGUGUCACCACAGAGCUCUCGUCUCACAUGUGAUGAUGAUUACAACUACCUACUAUUACAUUUUAAAACUGGCCUUCAUCCCAAGGGAAGAUUUUAUUUGCAUGGUGCAAGGGAGCACACUUGCUCCGAGACUCUUGCCAGCCUGGUAAGUGUGCAAAAUGGCCUACGGAUCUACACAUCUAUUUGAAAAAGUCAUCCAGUGGUCAAAAGAAACUGUCUUGCUUAUUUAUUUAAUAAACUUAUAACAAUAAUAAUAUAAUAAUAAUAAUUUAUUAUUUGUACCCUGCCCAUCUGGCUGGGUUGCCCCAGCCACUCUGGGAAGCUUUCAGCAUAUAUAAAAAUAUAGAAAAAACUUUAAACCUUAAAAAGUUUCCCUAAAAAGUUUCCCUAUACAUUCAGAUGUAUACUUGUAUACUACUUUUUAAACUCAAGGUGUUUUGUAAGCCAUACGUCAAACAGAUAAUAAAGUACAAGACCAUGAAAUAAUACAAUAUGUCAAAAGAGUAUUUCAAAAUGUUACCUAAAGCCGAGAAAACCAACACUUACAAAGCAUAAUCAGGAGAAAAUUAGGGAUCUCUGGAAGUGGUCCAGAGGAGAAGACAACACUUCUUGAAAGUGUUAUGCAGGGCAAUAUGUUUCAAUGAAUGUGGUCCUCGCUGUACAUAAUAAAUCCAAGUAUGAGUAGGAAUGUACCUGGAUGUAAGAAUUAGAAUGUCUGCAUAAGGUUGCUACAGCAAAAAUAAAACACAUACCUUUACACAUUUAAUAUUUCCAUGGUGAAUGCCAUGCUGGUACUUGCAUUGCAAAAUGCAAACAUCUAAUCUUUCAUCAAGAUCACACGUAUCAACCCAGUCCAGUGAUUAAAUGACUUCUUCCUGGUGAGCUAGUUUUCGUGGUAAAGAUAGGAGUAAAUGCAUUAAGGGCUAUGUAUUGAUUUUAAUUAGAAUGGGCAGUCCACCAUUAAUAUGAGUUGUGGUGCCCCUAAAACAGUUGUCAGGGGGGGAUUAAUUAAUUUAUUGUAAAUUAAUAUAUUAAUUGAGAGUGGGUAAAAGCAGUCAGGGCAAAUUAAUUCAGAGUAAGAGAAAAAUAAAAGGGGGAUUGGAUCAACAUAAACCAGAAGAGGAAGCUCUAGCCUGUUUAUCAAGACCAGAGAGUAUUGAACACCAUAUUAAAACAGGAAACCUGUUCUGAUUGGAAAAAACAAAGCAAUUAUAAUAAAGGCACUAAAUUAAAUAAGAUGAAGCUAUUUUCUCUUCCACAGAAGAUGUGGGAAAUAGGAGAAUGUGUGUGUGUAGAUAGCUAGAGAGAAAGUUAGAUAUAGUUGGUGAUUGAUAAGCGUGACAAAACUGAUCUAGAAGCCCUGUUCUGUGCCCAGUAAGCAUGGGACUCCUUUACCCAGAGGCAUUGUGGUCCAUAGAUUGGAGCAGAAUCCUGGGCAAGGUUUUGUUCAGUAUCUUCUCUGUGUGAUGGGCUCAUGGGGAAAAGCUGUCUCAUGAGCCCUUGCUGCAGAAGGGAGGGGGAAGUCUAUAAUGCUGCUUCCCCUGGAGCUCACAGCCAUUUUGCUUUGAGAGCUUCCUGCCCGCCCCACCCUCAGGUUAGAGUCUUUACUGAGCAAUUUUGGGUCGCUGGUUGACAGGGCUGGAAAGAGUUCUCUCUCUCCCUGAUUGGCAUUUGGUUGGGGGUUUUAUUCCCGACUUUCCCUCAGUGGAAUUAUGGCUUUCCUUUGUUAGGCGGAAUAACGUUGUUUUUUAUGAAGGUGGAAAUAGCAUUGGUCAAGGUCAACAUAGUAUAUCCCCCCCAUAAGGGGCCUGAUGGGAGAAUUGACCAUGGCAAACCCAAGCGUGGGUUCGGUUUCUGCCUGGUUGGAAUCUGCACCCUGGUGAGACCUUGCUUGCUUGGCUUGUACCACGGCAAGGUUCAACACUGAGCGACUCCUGUUGUACAGGUUCGGAGUGACCCAAACCCAGAGGAUCCAUUCCAUCAACAUGGGGCUUGUGGAAUGAUGAGCUAAUCCUGGGACCCAGUGCCAUGCCAGCCCUUGCCCUGCCUGCUGCUGCUGUCAAUAAAGAUAUGGCCAUAUUUUAUCUUAUCACCGUUGUGCAUUCUGGUUAUUUUGCUGCUCUCGUGGGUCACAUAAUGCACCUGCCUGGGCAAGGCUAUCUAGAAAAGAGGCCAGCAAAUUAAACUGGAGUUCUUAGAACUAAACUGAUGAAAUACAAUGAAUCAGCCAGUACAGUCCUUAAUAUUUGUGCCUGGUUUCCAGAGUAGAUGCAUUAGGUAUAAUACCUACAUCCCUGGCAGGGAAUCUAGAGCCCGUAGUAGGUCAAGAACAUCUCCCAGUGUUUCUGUGAAUCAGAACCUUCUAUGCAAGGCCCAAUAGAACAGUCUGAGCUGAUCUAUACAUUAUUUUAAAAGCUCAUAUAAGUGGUCUGCUGGACCUAAAAACAUAAUCUGAGACAAUUUAUGCAAGGCAAUCCAUGCAGAAGAUGUACCCCAAAAUGUAAAAUCCCUUUCCCCAGAAGUAUCCACUGCAAUAUCCUUUGACUCCCCCUCUCAUCCUCUACAGUGUACACCACAAAGGCAAGCAGACCAUUCAGAUGAGUCGCAGAUUAAGAAUGGUACCGCCAGGACCAAGAGGAUGCCAGUUCUGUUAAUGAGCAGAAUCAGAUAAACUAUUAGAUGGAAGAAGGCUUCUUUUGGAUAACAGAAGUCAUGUCCAAAUGAGAACAAAAAGGGAAAACAAACUUUGGCAAAGUGCCAACAACAAAAAAUAUUUAAAUACCUCAAAAGACUGGCUAGGGAAGUGGCUGGACCUUUGGAUGACAAGGGAGUCUAAGGUGUGCUAAGGGAGGAUAAAGAAAUUGCAGAGAAGCUAAAUUUAUUAUUUGCAUCUGUCUUCACAGCAGGCAAUACAGGGUGGCAUUCAGCUAAAUAAUUGCAUGAGUGGAAGAACUUCUGCUUGCACAAUGACACCAAACUCUGGAGGCAAAGGCAUAGCCUGCAAAGAUCUAACAGUCAGCUGGUAGGGUCUUACGGACCACUAUGUGUGGGACUUUACAAGAUCCAAUGUUCAGCUGAAGGUUGAGUCUUGUGAAAUCCUGUGCAGAGCACUUUGCAAGCUCUACUGUACCCACCCACUGAUCACUGGGCUUUGCAAAGCUCAGCAUACAGCGCUGUGCACAGUCCAGUGCCUUUCAGCUGAGCCAGGUCUUUCAGGUGUAGGGCAAAUGUCAGCCAAAAUGGCAUUAUGGGCCAAAUGGGAAGAUCUUGCAGGGCCAAUUAUUCCCAUAGCCUGGAGCUUCCAUACUGCUAGCUAAGGUGGCUUCUUGUGCCUCUGUAAACAUUGUUUACACACUGAACAACAUGUUAUAUUAUUUAUGCUAAACCAAUUAGUUGGACUUUUCCUAAAUAGGACUGCUAGCCUGCUCUCUUUCUACUGGUGCCCCAUAAAACUCAAAGGAAGCCAACAGCACAACCUGUCCCCAGCCUCUGGUUAUAGAAAAGGGGGAAAGGGCUUUUCAUUGGUGGCUUGCUAUUCAAGCUGUUUUAGCGAAGAUCUGGUUAUAAAAAUAUAGACAUUUCCAUACGGGCUGGCUACAUAUAUCUUCUUGUUUCAUUCUAAAGAUUCUUCAUCUGUAAAAAGCCCUAUAUUUAUUAUUACAUUCAUAGUUCACCUUUUCUCCAAGAAAGGAAAUCUGUGUACACGACUCCUCUCCUCAGCAAUCUCCAUAACAACCCGAUGUGGUAGGUUAGUCUAAGUGGAAGUGAAUGGCCUCAACAUCACCCAGUGCGUUUCAUGGAUGAACUCGGCGCCCUGCAGUCCAAACACUUUAACCACUAUCCUACACUGCCCCAAUAUAUGGGUCACAUAAUUUAUAAUUAAACAAUUGUACAUGGGGUCUUGUUGAUAUUGCUAGGAACUACACCUUAAAGUAUACUUAAUAAUAUCCAUUUUAAAAAAUCAGCAGAUCUAUAAAUUUCCCUUCUAAAUUUUGUCCAUAAAUCAGGGUUGCCUUUUUGGUUGUUACUGGACUACAACUCUCAACAUCCAUGACCAUUGUGACUGGGGCUGAUGGGAGCUGCAGUGCAACAAUGUCUGGGGAAUACCACAUUGGUUGCCCCUGUCAGAAACCAUUUGCUUUUUAAAAAUAUAAUGGUAUAAAUUAUUUUUCUGUGGCAUGAGUGGCUGUGAUGCUGGUAUAUUAAUGGUCAUUGCCAUUUGUGCUCUAGCUGGCCUCCAAAUCAAUAAGCAUGCUUAGUUGCCUGUCAUUAAAAUUGAUCUCUACUACCCUUCCAAAUUGACGUCACAUUCAACUGUAAAUAUCAUCAAAUAAGCUGUCACCUCAUUUCCCUUAUCUGUGUUUUUUUCUCCCAAAAGAUAGAUUUCUUCUGUAAGACUGAACAGUAGAAUUCUUCUUAAUUAUUUCUGACAUUUCACCAAUGGCAUCUUCUGGCUUUUCCUCAGAGGACAGAAAUGUCUGGCCUCUGUCCUUUAGAGGCAAAGGGGAGAAAACAGCAUCCACUUCUGUUUCAAAUGGUCUGAACCAAAAUACACCUCAGAAAUUAAACUCUGAUGGUCAUAACGAAGUAAAAAGAAUUAAAGAAAUGAAUGCGAACCUUUCAACUUGUGAACAGACUUCACAAAAACCUUAUGCCAAUGCUUUCAAACCAUGCGCUGAACUUUUGCUUCUUGUGUACUUAAUGAUAGCACAGAAGCGGUCAUGUGAAUCGGCCCUCAGGGAUCUCAGGGCCAGGUAGGGUGCUUCUGUAUAAACAGCAGAUUCCUCCUCUAAGACAGAUGCAAUUAUGUGACAGAGAAAACAGAGAGAUGGAAUUUGAAAGGUGUACAGAAGCAAACAUUUUAACAGCCCAGCACGUCCUGAAGAUAUUCUUCCUCAGGGGCACUUAGAUGUAAAACACUAUACCCUACACCGUUAUUUCAAAACAGGGUUGUACAUCAGUGUCUCUGGGAGGGGGGGAUCUUAAAAACAUAUGUCAUAAAAUGCUUAUUUUUCUGCACUUUUGAAAUGGCAUCUUGACUCCCUCCUUUUUCCUUUGAAAUUUUGUGACAACUAAGGGGACUUUUGAAAAUCAACAGUCAUUUGCCCUUUCUGCAUAUACAGUACACUAAAUGUGCUGCGGGCAUUUCUUGGGUGCCAGAGGGCAUUAUACUGUCGCUGAUGCUAUUUAACAUCUACAGCAAGACAGGGAGCAGUCAUUAGGAGUUUUGGAGGCAUGUGAGAUCAGUAUGCUGAUAAUAACUAUUUCUCUGUAACACCUGAAUUGGGACAGGGUGAUAAGGCCUUUGGACCGAUGCGCGGAUGCAGUGGCGAGCUAAAUGUGGGCUAAUAAAAUACAUCUGAAUUCUGGCAAAACGGACACUGUGUGUGAGCGGUUCCUGAGCCCAGGAAGUCAGUACCCUGCUGUCCUGGAUGAGGUUACACUCUCCUUGAAGAAACAGAUGCAUAAUUUGGGGGUGCUCGGGGGUAGAUUACUUGAAAGACUACCUUCCCCUUUAUAUACCCAGUAGAUCACUGUGGUCUUUCGGAGAAUUUCUUCUCUACGUUCCAUGCUCUGCAGUAACUUGGAGCUCCUCCCUCUUCGAACUUUCUAAUCAGAGAUUUUAAAAUGUACAAAACAAAACAGGGCUUUCAGUGUGACUGAGAAGGGGAGACUGAUCUUGACAAGCUGGAAUGUGUGCAGAGGAGGGCAACCAAGGUGAUAAAGGGUCUGGAAACGAAGCCUUGUGAGGAGUGGUUGAGGGAGCUGGGUGUGUUUAGCCUGGAAAAGAGGAGAGUGAGAGGAGAUAUGAUAUGAUAUCUCAAGGAUACCACAAGGAAGAUGGAACUAGCUUGUUUUCUGUUGCUCCGGAGGCUAGGACCCAAACCAAUGGAUUCAAAUUACAAUAAUGGAGAUUCCAGCUAUACAUUAGAAAGAACUUUCUGAAGGUAAGAGCUGUUCAACAGUGGAAUGGACUACCUUGGAAGAUUGUGGAUUUUUAAAACAGAGACUGGAUAGCAAUCCGUCGGAGAUGCUUAAGCUGUGAUUCCUGCAUUGCAGGGUGAUGGACAAGAUGAUCCUUUGGAUCCCUUCCAACUUUACAAUCAUGGGCAUAGCCAGGGGGGCAACUGUUACUAACUGGCCAAGUGCAUCACAGAUAUUUCGGUUCUGCCCCCCUAAAAUAAAUCCUGGCCACACCCAUGUCUACAAUGCCAUGAUUCAAAGUUUGAUUUUAUUGUUAAUAUUUUAUAUUGUUUUAUGGGAAACUGUUUAGAGGUUUUUGUCUAUAAAUCUUGAAAAUUAAAUGAAGAAUUUUGCAUGAUUGAUACUCUCUAUGUGCAGCAAAACUGUAAGUGUAUGAAGAAUAGUUUGUGUGUCCUUUGGGAAUGAGUUUUGAAGUUGUAAUAGGUUAGAAAAGGUUGAAGAUAGAUACCUUCCAGCUGUGGCUAUUCUCUAUUUUCUCGUUCUAUGUACAUGUUACUUGCAUCUACUGAACAUUUAAGUAAUGCAGUAUCUCAUAUGUCAGCUACCUGUUUUACCUGGCACAAAACUGUCUAAUAUUCUCAGAAACUAAAUAUCAUAACCCUUCUGAACAUUAUGCACUGUGACCUUAAAUGUGCAAAUUUGAUUGUACAGAUGUGGAUUCUCAGGUGUAAGGAAAUAUAUACCGUAAUUUAAAGUUAACACAUCAAAUAUUUGCCAUUAAACCCCAUGGAAGUGGCCUUCUCCUUUGAUUUGCUAACUGCUAUACUAUGAAUCCCUUGUUCACUUCAUGUAAAACAAGCAUACCUAUUUUCCCUUGUCAAAUGUUAGAUGGUAUAGAGAUGAUGUAUUAUGUUUGUUUAAUCCAGUACUUUUAGCAGAACUACAGGAAGCAAAGGCAGGGCAAGCACAAACCAGGUGUAAAGUAAUCUAUCAAUAAAACAGAAGAUGAAUUACUUACAGCACUGUCAAAUGUGAACUGCAAGGCAGUGUACACACAAUAUUAAACUGAGAGGCAAAGGAAAAAAGGCAUAGACUCAAUGUUUCAUGUCCUUACACUCUCUCUCUCUCUCUCUCACACACACACACACACACACAUACACACACAACAUAGACAAGGGUUAAACAAUAGUUGCAUGGCAGUUUAGAUAGACACAAGACAGAAAAUGGAUGCUCUUUCAAGAUAAACUACUUCUCUCUCACUCAGUGGCAAGACACAUUUACAUUAUCAAUUGCUAAUUCUGUCACCAAGUCUCGGCAUGGUUGCACAUUUACCAAGGACCCAUGUAUCAGCAAGAGCCAAGCUGAAAAUAGCCCCAGAGACUUGCUGCAGGAAUGAGCAGCAGGCCUGGCUGGUGGGGUGGGGCGGCCCUGCAGAGCCACCCUCCCAACAGCAGCAUCUUUGCUGCUUACCUGGGGUGGGAUAGGAUGGUAGCAAGAUCAGGGAUGCAUGGGCGUCCCAGUAGGAGUGCUGGAUGGCUCUGCUGGUGCAGUCACACAGCCUUGUCCUCACCACUGCCCUACCCCACCAGUCCUGCUGAUGAGACCAAUUCAUUGAGGAACGGAGCCCACGGAGAAUGUCUUGCCCAAAGACCCUCCAAAAUCUGAAGCCGACACUGAAUCUGAGGAUAGCUGAAGCGGGGACAAAGAGGAAGGAAUGUGAGCUUACUUUCCUUACCCAUUUGCUUAUUUCUGAAAGUGUGGGGAUAAAUAUAUCUGGAAGACAUACUAUCUGACCUAGAAAUGCAACUGCUUAAUCCUAUAUAUCUGGAAACAAGCCAGGACUAUUCAAGGCUGGUUCACAAAUGCACUUGGUCACUAGAAAGUGAUCGCUAGCAUGUAAUACUGUAAUGAGGUCACUUCAUCAUAUACAAGUCACCAAGGCUGUAAUUCUAAACCCACUUGGGAGUAAGUCCCACUGAGUUCCGCAGAAGUUCUGUGUAGAAAAAUACAGAUUUAGGAUUACACUGCAUAGCUAUGAUCAUACAUAUGCUUACCCAGAAACAUUGAACUCAAUUAUACUCUCAGCUAAGUAUUAUCAGACUGCAGAAUGUCCCAUUUGUGCACAUUAAUGUGAAAUAUCAGAUGCAAUAGGUGAUGUCCUUCAUGUGUAAUGGGAGAUUUGUGGGGGCAAGAGAAAUUUCACUCUGUUCACUCUUAGAUUUUUCUAUCUUCCUUAUUACUAUGUUGCUUGUUCCAGAGAAGCAUACUUCUAUUCAUAAAAUAAAUACAGAAACAAAAGGUUCUUAUAAUAAAUGUAAGAUUAACUCUGAACAAUAUCAGAGUUACUUUGUCAGGCUUACUUAGAGAUAUUUAAUUUUUUCUGAAAUCAUUAUCUGUAUGUAAAUCUUAAGGGAGGGAACAUUUAUAAAGGAAUUGAUAGGAUUAGUAGGAGGAAUUGAUCCUUAUUUAUCCUUUAAUUUCGGUAUUCUGCAUCCAUUAGCUCAUGAUAUUAAAAUACUAUUAAGCUGCUCACUGAACAAACAAAUUGACAAGACAUUAGAAAAACCUGAAUCACUAAAUGAAUAUUUCAAUGAAUGAAUGUCUAUUUAGUGUGUUAGUAACUAGUUAACACACAACAGACCACUAUGGCAUCUUUAUACACAGGGCAAACAGCACCUGAUUGCAUACAAAUAGCAUAGCUGCCGUACCAGCGCAUGUAUUGUAUCUGUUCAGCAAACACUGUGCAGCAACAAGGCCUAAUAAAUUCAUUGCAACAAAAUCCUCUCAUAGAAUGCAGGGGUUAUGAGACCAGGUGUUAAGGGAGGUCUGAUCUCUUAAAUUUCCCAAGAUGGUAGCAUCUGCGUUGUUACUCCUUGCACUUCAUGUCAAGUUCAAGCCCUAAGGUAACCUAAAAACCCUAAACAAGUAAUACUCACAGGAAUAUUUUGGUGGCUGAAGGAAAUUCUGGCUGCAGCAGAUUUGAAACAGCCAUUGUUGAAACAGGGACCUAUUUUUAGGGGAAAGGGUUUUAUUCAGUGCUGGGGUUAUCAGGACAGAAAUGUGCUUACUCCAUCAACAACUGUAUCUGCAAGUGCAUUCCUUUAUUUUUUCCCGCCUCUGGGAACUCCUAUGGGGAAAUGCAAAAUCUGUCCCUAAUGUUACUGUUGCGUGGAGGGCAAAAUGUGCCCUCCAUCCCUAACACAGAUACAAAGCCCAGGGGAAAGAUGUACAAUAUAUAUCUGUGCAUAGAGGACACACAUACCUGGUUUCCCAUAAUAUACAAACCCUCCACAUAAACAAACUCAAAUUGCCCAUGAUUAUGACAAGCAUUUUGUUAUUUUUGUUGUUUUAAAAAAAUCGGUUACAGCUUUUUUGUGUGUCACUGCUCAAGAACUAACUUGUAUUGAUAUUGUUUUAUUUCCACCCCGACUUUAGAAUAAGCCCUCACAAGAUGACUUACAAUAAAAAAAAUGUUCAAACAGUUGAACACACACAUAAAACAACAGAUGCAAUUACACAGUGGAAACCGGCAGGGCAGCACAGCUCACCUGGCCUCCCAAUGCUGCCCGUCACUUCCGGUUAGCAGGAGGGCAAGGGGCAAGGCAGCAGGAAGCUCGGUGUGAGCGCAGCAGCCAGAGUAUCCAGACUGGCUCUGCCAUUGUACCUGCACUGCCUUGCCCCUCCCAGUAACCAGCAGUGAUGUGAGGCAUUGGGAACCCAGGUAGGCAACACCCCUCUGCCCAUGCUUCCCUACCGGCUACUACUGCAAUCAUAUAUAGAGGGCCAGCAGCAAAUACCUGGCAAGAUUAUAAAGUAUUUAGGGACUGUUCAAAGCUGGCAGGAGUUGGGGCUCAGUAGAGAACUAGAACUAGGGAAUUCUGCAAGUCUGGGGCCAUCAUUAAAAAAGGUCCAGUCCCUGCUACUGCUAAAUUUAUCAACCUGAGUGGCCUCUCAAGUGGAUCUUAGGGCUCAGGACUUCUCAGGCAGUACCAUUGACAUGGCAUUGCUCAUCCAUGUUCCCAGUGUCACACAGGGAACAAGGGCAAGGGCAAGACCACUUGUCUUAGAUGGAUUGAAUUUCAGUUUUGUUGCCUACAUUAGCCCUGUGAUUCUUGCAUUGCUGGACUACACAGCCCUUUGGGUCACUUCCAACUCUGCAAUUCUGUAAGUCUAUCUCAAAACUACCUCAGGAUCCUUGUUUAAUGCUUCCCUGCCUCUUGGGGUGGGGCGAAAGGUCUGGCCCCACUCCUCUCUCUACAUACAUAUUCCUUGCACACAAGUAACAUGUAAACAGGGCUCAUGUUUCAGUUGUUAGGAAGACAACUGACCUGGGACAAGUGUGUGGGUCAAAAGCACAUAAUAUCCCAUUACAGAGAUCACAGUCUCAUCACCCCCUAUUCAGCAAAGCAGAAGUGUGUGUUUUUUAUUUCUAAAAAUGUACCCUGGAGCAAAAUAACUUAAUCAAAGGUCUAUGGCCUGAUUUCCUGACAAUACAAACAAGGAGCCAGGUAAAACAUUUUUUCCCCUUUUCUUUUUAAGAACCUAUGUGAUGGAAGAGAGUGAACAUCGGAAGCUUCCGUCCGUUGUUUUUUCAUUUAUUUUUGUCUUUGCACACGAAGGCAGCAAACAAGGCAAGUAUUUUUUUUUAGUCAGCUUACUGUGGACUGACUUCAGCAGUCUGAAAGAAGCAAUAAUUGAUUUCAAUAAUUAAUUCCUGCUGACUAAAAUAAUGCUGCUGUUUAUGCACACCUCCCUGAGACCCAGUUAAAAGGAACUUUGAGUCAGGAAUGCAUAAACAGUAACAUUACUUUGGGGAGCAGAAGUCCCCUAACAUACUGCAGAUUUGGGAAGGGCUUUUUAAGCCCCCAGGCUAUAUGAAAGUUUAUUUCUGCUUUCCCAUAUUGCCUCAUGAUAACCCUGAAUGAAGUUCACAGAAUCUGAAAAGCUAAGCAGAGGAAGCAGGAAUAGCUUUGACAGCAGAGAAGGUCUGAUGCCAUAACACUCCUCUAAGUUUGAUCAAGGCAGAGACGGGAGUUCAUAUUUCUUUUCCAUUUUUCUUUCUUUUCAGGUUUGUUUUAAAAGUAUCUUUGUUGCUGCUGUUGUUAUUCGUAGUGGGAUGCGGGUGGAACUGUGGUCUAAACCACCGAGCCUCUUGGGCUUGCAGAUCGGAAGGUUGGCAGUUUGAAUCUGUGUGAUGGGGUGAGUCCCCGUUGCCAGUCCCAGCUCUGGCAAACCUAGCAGUUCAAAAGCAUACCAGUGCAAGUAGAUAAAUAGGUACCACUACGGCAGGAAGGUAAAUGGUGUUUCUGUGUGCUCUGGCUUCCACCACAGUGUCCUGUGUGCCAGAAGCUGGUUAGUCAUGCUGGCCACAUGACCCAGAAAACCUCUCUGCAGACAAACGCCGGCUCCCUUGGCCUGAAAGCGGAGAUGAGCGCUGCACCCCAUAGUCAAAUUUGACUGGACUUAACCGUCCAGGGGUCCUCCACCUUUACUUUUACCUGUUAUUUGUAGCAUCCCAUGUUUCCUAUUGGCAUAUCCUUCCAGAAAAGGUAAGUGCUGGGUUUUAAGGGUACGAGCCUGACUUCCGCUUCCUCUCCUCACCAGCAUACCCUCCGGCCACCGCCAUAUUUGCAGCCCUGUCUCACGCAGCAACUGCAGAAGAUGGUGCAGAGAGAACAAUUGGACCACGGCCACAUCCACACUGCAGAAGGUGGGCUAGGUGGGCAGGAUAGUUGGACCUCAUCCAUGUUGACUGCUGUGCACAUGGCAGUGAGACGGAAUCAGGGUCCACACUGAGCAGGCAAAAGCGGGAAGUCAGUGGCAGCUAGUGAGAAUCUGGCUUAGCUGGGAAUGCUGAGCAAUAGGACGCCCACUAUUGCUCAUUGCAAUGCCCACCUCUCCAACCGCAGCAUGGGGAGCACUGGACUGCUUUGCUUGUCUGGUUGGGAUAUACAAGCAUCCCUCCACUUACACAGGGUUUACAUUCUGGGCAUACAUGCAACGCAGGAUGAAUGAUUUUCUCUGCACAUGCUCAAAAGACAUUAUCUUUUAUUCACAGGGUUGUACAAAGUCAGGUGAACUUCUAA